AAAAAUGACGCCCGCGAAGAGAAAAGAGUUUUAAAAAACUCCCCCAACGGGAGGCGGGGCCUGUUCCUUUUUUUCCGAAGUCACGUGUCCCUGAGGCGCUUCCCGCUCCGGGGCCUUGUAGGCCCCACCCUGAGGCGCCUCUCAAGGGCGCGGUAUAAAUAGCCCCGGGGGAGCCAAAGAAAAGUGAGGCUCCAAAGGCCGCGGGUAAUGGCCCCAAUCUGGAAAAAAAUAAGAGUAAUAAAAAACCUGUGUAUGUUCCCAUAGGUAUUUAUAUGGAGAUCUAAAUACGUCCAUAUAUACCUUAUAUAGAUUUAUAUAUCAUAUAUAUCAAUAUGUAACAUGUAAAGAUAAAUAUAUAUAUGCUGUAUAAAUAUUUUUUUGCACAUAGAUGCACACGCGCCCUAAAAAGUACAAUUAAUUCCGGCCGUUAAAGCCACGCAGUUUAAGAAGCAAGAAGUCCUUGUUUAUAUGCGAUUGUGCAGAAAAAGGGCCUUUAAAAAAAAAAAAUUAACAAAUAAUUUUUAUUAAGUACAAAACAUACAUAUUGACAACAAAAGAAAAUACAAAGGAAAAAGAAAAUACAUAUAACCAAGGGGAAAAAUUAGAAAACAAUUCUCUAAAAAGGGCCUUUUUCUUUUGGGGCCGUCUCUGCCUCGGGCGACCCUGGCGCUCUCCGGCGGCGGCCUUGGGCCUUCUGACCGACGAGGCCAGGAUCGCCUGGGGGCUGGAUUAUGGCGACUGACCCCCACUUCAGCCCGGACCCCGGGGCCUCCGCUUUUGGGGACGGAAGAUGGCGGAGGCGCAGCGUGGUUCCUGGAAGCCUCCCGCCUGGCCCUGGCCCUGGCGGUCUUGCGUUCGAAGCCGCCCGGCGUAAGCGGCAAGGAGCACGCGGAGCACCUAGCCAGGAUAGUGUCCGGAAAGGAUCCCCGGGAGAAAUCGCGAGUGGAAGCUUUGGAAGCGGAAGUGGUUCGCCUGAGGCAGCAGCUCCUCCUGAGCAAAGUUCACCCGGGGUUUGGUUUGGAGAACGAGGAUCCAGCCGUCGCCAGCAAUGAAGCUCUGGCCCUUGUCCGUGCGGACGAUCGAUCCAGCCAUUUGGAAGAUUCCGGGUGCAGCGUCUCAAACGACGACCUGGCGGACACACAAGAUGCCUCAGUUUCCUUCAGCCACAGCAAGUGCGGUCCUGCGUCCGACACUUCAUCCGUAUUGUCCAUGUUGGCUUCCUCCCAUGCCGGCCCAAGCAAGUCUUUGGUUCCUCACAUACAGUUCCUACGACGUUUCCUUGAGCUCAAGCAACUGGCGGUGCAUGGAGGUCUAAAAACAGACUUGGGAAAACUCGGAAGGGAUUCUUCCGCAAUAUCUGAUUCUUUCUCUCGGUUGCUCGAUGGCCUGGUCGCCGCCUAUAGUUUCCCCGAAGUGCCCUUCUCAGAUUUUAUGACUCGGGCAGUUUGUGCCGUCAUAACCGAGUUAUUAAGCGAUGCUGAUGUAUCUCGACAGAUUUUGGGGAAGUGUCUUAAGAAGCUGGAAGACUCUGUGGAAGGACUCAUAGACGUUGUAUUGAACAGUAGCCACCUCAACAGAUUUCAGGUUCAGGAGUCUAUAUCCCAUGCCCUUGUUUCGAUCGGACAAUGCAAAAGAUUGAGGAGGCACACAAUAUUCCUGCUCUUCAGAGAAGUCAGCCGAUUUGCUGAUGAGUUGCAGCACGCCGAUGAGAUUCAAGCUGGGCGCGACACACGAUAUGAAAAUAUUUUCUUUCUGUGUAGAGCUUUGGAACAGCUUCUGGAAAUAGGGACAGAGGAGGAAAAUGCUGCUGCCCCUUCAGGCUGCGACGAGGAAGAGAAGAAGAUGUUUCUACAGAAGCUUGACCAAGCCAUUUUUCACCUCUGCGACGAAUUUCCCUUGUUCUGUAUAUAUUUAUGGCGACUAGGCACUCUUUUGAAUGUGGCACACACUCAGACUGGUGGAAGAAGCUGGCCUGCUAUAUAGCAGUUCAUGGCUGAGCCUGGAAAAUGAGGCUAGCAGGGACUGAGCCGUGUCCGCCACCGAAAGGAAAUGAGAUCGCCAUCAUAAAGAGCAUGGGGAUUACAGAUUAAAUAAAUAAAGUCCAUGACUACAGGGUUUUUAACUUUGUCCGUUCCCAGCUUUUCACCUUUUGUUCUUUCAAUUUUGUAUUUAAAAAAAAAUAUUUUGUACUCCUUCAAUGGCCGGUUGACCGUAAUAAACAUUUGAUGGACGCAUGAGCUGUGGUUUUAUUUUGAUUCAGCUUUCCAUUCUGUUGCCGUAAACCCGCUUUUGAACGUGCUGGAAAAAGGCAGCAUACAAGUGUUUGAAAAGAGACGUUCUGAUGUUUGUUCCAGUCAGUUGUUGUUGUUGUUGUUUAGUCGUGUCCGCCUCUUCGUGACCCCCUGGACCAGAGCACGCCAGGCACUCCUGUCUUCUACUGACUCCCGCAGUUUGGUCAAACUCAUGCUGGUAGCUUCGAGAACACUAUCCAACCAUCUUGUUCUCCUUCGCCCCUUCUCCUUGUGCCCUCCAUCUUUCCCAACAUCGGGGUCUUUUCCAGAGAGUCUUCUCUGCUCGUGAGGUGGCCAAAGUCUUGGAGCCUCAGCUUCAGGAUCUGUCCUUCCAGUCAGCACUCAGGGCUGAUUUCCUUCAGAAUGGAGAGGUUUGAUCUUCUUGCAGUCCAUGGGACUCUCAAGAGUCUCCUCCAGCACCAGAAUUCAAAAGCAUCCAUUCUUCGGCGAUCAGCCUUCUUUAUGGUCCAGCUCUCUGCGACAAAUCUCUUGGAAAGACAGAGGAGAAAGCAAGGUAUGAACACAAGAAGAACCCCAGCAGCAGCAGCAGCAGCAGCUGAAUCGGGCAAAAGGGCGGCCCAAUUAUCUCAGCAUCCUGUUCUCACAGUGGCCAGCCAGAUGACCCUGUGAGAAACCCACAAGCAGGACCUGAACCAGAAAGAAAUGAAGGGAAGUGGGCUUGGCGGACAGUCAAAGGACUAUACCUGCCAACAUCCCACUGAUCAAAAUAGGUACGCUCAUUUUUUUUGGUCCUGAGCUCUCGUGGGAAGCAGCUGACUCAGGCAAGAACACGAGACCAAAAAACGAUUGCCAUUUGACAUUCUGGGGUGAGCCAGCUGAUUCACACAGAGUGCAAGACCAAAAAAAGUGUAUUUUAGUCCAGUGCAAUGGUCUCCCUGGCUGUUUUGGGCCACAACUAACAUACCCAGCCAGUAUUUUUGAUGGGAGUUGUAGUCUAGCAAGAUCUGGAUGCCCACCCUUGAUCCAAGGAGUGGCAGAACCAAAACCAGCCGACGGUGCAGGGAGUUGCUGCUUUUCAGGGAUGACUCUUGCACUGCAGGGAGGCAAGGCUGUCCGCUGCCCUAGCUAGAUGUCCCAAGAAGGAAUCCAGGCAGUCAUGGAAACAGCAAUGUGUUGCAAUUUGUUUAUCGGCCCAACCUAAUUUAUUAUGGGUGGUUGCCCCAAGAUGAUGUUCUCUAUCUCUUAUCUGUUGGUGACGAUGGCAAAGGGUUCCCCUGGAUCCAUCCCAAGGUUCAGUCACCGUGACACAUCCUUGGCACGCAAGAAACUUGGAAGGUAUCGCUGCCACCAUGCUCUGCCCAGCUCUGAGUCUAAACACAUUAGCCCUCGAUGAAAGGCUGGGAGGUUUUGCAGUGCCUUGCAAUGUUCCUCUGCUUUUCAAUAUAUGCCUGCGUAAAGGGGUAAAGAGGACCCCUGACAAUUAGGUCCAGUCGUGACCAACUCUGGGGUUGCGGCGCUCAUCUCGCUUUACUGGCCGAGGGAGCCGGCGUACAGCUUCCGGGUCAUGUGGCCAGCAGGACUAAGCCACUUCUGGCGAACCAGAGCAGCGCACAGAAACGCCGUUUACCUUCCCACUGGAGUGGUACCUAUUUAUCUACUUGCACUUUGACGUGCUUUCGAACUGCUAGGUUGGCAGGAGCAGGGACCGAGCAAUGGGAGCUCACCCUGUCGCCGACCUUCUGAUCGGCAAGUCCUAGCGCCACCCGCGUCCCUUAUACACUCUGUUUAAAGCACACACACACAGAAUCCUGGGAACUGUAGCUUAAUCCUCACAGAGCUACCGUUCCCAGCACCCUUAACCAAACUGAGAUCCCAGGAUUAUUGGAGGGGUGCUUUAAACAUAGGCUGUGUUGCUGCUCUCAAGUGUUCGCACGUCAGCAAAACUCUGCAAAUGAAGGCCCCCUAUUCUGUGCAUUAAAUUCUUUCUAGGGGGUGACAUUAGAUUUUUGUUAGCUCAUCUCCCACCCCCUAGAAUUGUAGCACUGGAACGGACCACGAGGGUCAUUGAGUCCAACCCCCUGCAAUUGAGGAUUCUUUUCUCCUGCGUGGGGCUCGAACCGAACACGAUCCUGAGAUUAAGAUGUUGAGCUUUCAUUUGCUUCAUCCCAUCAAUCGUGUGUGAGGCACAAUCUGGCAUAGAAUCCUGGUGGCGAGAUCUGCAAAUGUGAGCAGUUUAGGAUACGGAGCAGAUAGAACCAUUGAAUUAUAGAGUUUUACUGCCUUAGAUUUCCCCGUGCCACAAAAUCUCUGCCUGCCCACUCUCCUCCAGAUCGUUGCCACCCCACACGGAAACUCGGGACUUAAAGUGUGGAUGGACAGCUCUCUUCGGAGGUGGGGCAGGGUGGGGCUGGCUAACGGAGGUACACGUUUAAUCAUCAUGGUCGGGGCAAAGGUACUCUGUGGGAUGUGAUUCCUGUUGCUCUCUGCCCCGUGGGGAGGGGAGCUGAGAUGAUAUAUCAACGGGUUGUUGCACUUCCACCGGCCUGAUUGCUCCAGCAUCCCACAGGAUGGGCACGGAGACAGCCGGGCACCUCCUGACGUUGCUCCUGGUACUCGAGGGCAUUGCUGUAGGAUGCCAAACAAGAGGCGAAUCGUUCAGGUGAGAGGCGGUGUGGAAGGGAGCAGGAAUGCGAGGAUAGAGCUGCUGGGAUCGGCUUUUGGUUACUGGAAAAUAAUUGUUGUUGUUUAGUCGUUUAGUCGUGUCCGCCUCUUCGUGACCCCCUGGACCAGAGCACGCCAGGCCCUCCUGUCUUCCACUGCCUCCCGCAGUUUGGUCAAACUCAUGCUGGUAGCUUCGAGAACACUGUCCCACCAUCUCGUCCUCUGUCGUCCCCUUCUCCUUGGGCCCUCCAUCUUUCCCAACAUCAGGGUCUUAUCCAGGGAGUCUUCUCUUCUCAUGAGGGGGCCAAAGUCUUGGAGCCUCAGCUUCAGCAUCUGUCCUUCCAGUGAGAACCCAGGGCUGAUUUCCUUCAGAAUGGAGAGGUUUGAUCUUCUUGCAGUCCAUGGGACUCUCAAGAGUCUCCUCCAGCACCAGAAUUCAAAAGCAUCAAUUCUUUGGCGAUCAGCCUUCUUUAUAUUUCACUGAAAAAUAAUAGAACACAGUAAUAGAAGGUCACCAGUCUAGAUGGCUUUAAAAGAGGAUGGGACAAAUUGACAGAGGAGGAGAGGACUAUCCAUGGCUACUACCUCUCUCGCCCUGACCUCGCCACAGUGAUCCACGCGACGGUCACCUCCAGACUUGAUUAUUAUAACUCGCUCUACGUGGGGCUUCCCUUGAGACUGACCCAGAAACUCCAGCGGGUGCAGAAUGCCUCGGCGAGACUCCUUAUGGGGUUCUCACUGCGGGAUCACAUUCACCCGGUGCUUUACCAGCUGCACUGGCUCCCGGUGGAGUACAGGGUCGGGUUCAAGGUGCUGGUUUUGACCUUUAAAGCCCUAUAGGGCCUAGGACCCACGUACCUACGGGACCGCCUCUCCUGGUAUGUCCCACGGAGGACCUUACGGUCUUCAAACAAAAACAUCUUGAAGGUCCCAGGCCACAGAGAGGUUCGGCUGGCCUCAACCAGAGCUAGAGCUUUUUCAGCUGUGGCCCCGAUCUGGUGGAACGCUCUGUCACAAGAGACCAGGGCCCUGCGGGACUUGACAUCUUUCUGCAGGGCCUGCAAGACAGAGCUGUUCCACCAGGCCUUUGGCCAAGGCACAGUCUGACCCCUUCCUUUGGUAAUCCUCAUAGAACUCUAGCCCAAUGGUUGCCAUUAAUUUGAUUUUGAAUUGAUUUUAAAAUGAAUUGAUUUUAGAAUGCUGCGUUACUUUAUUGCUGUGAGCCGCUCUGAGCCCGGCUUUGUCUGGGGAGGGCGGGAUAUAAAAAAAAAAUUAUUAUUAUUAUUAUUAUUAUUACUAGCUGUGAGCUCUACCUCCACAGUCAGAGGCAUCAACUGCUUCUGAAUACUAGUUGCUGGAAACCUCAGGAAGGGGAGAGGGCUCUUGUGUUCGAAUCCUGUUUGCGGGGUUCUCAUUGGGUUACCUGGUUGGCCACUGUGAGAACAGGAUGCUAGACUAGAUGUGCUCCCUUUGGCCUGAACCAGCAGGCUCUUUUGACACAUAAAGGAUUUCCAGCCCCCUAUUUUUGGGGUGCGGGGACAGGAAAGGGAGAAAAGGGUAAAGAACAAGUCAACAUAUUGCGUUGGUUUUCCCCACAACAAGGGAGACCCUUUGUUGAUCGAACAGAAAGCGGAUGGUCAGAGGAUACCACACUCUGCAUUUUCGUGGCAACCCUGCGGACAUGCCAAAUAAUAUGAUGGUCCAGAACUCGCGUAGCUCUCUGGAAGUUUCUCCUUAACCUCUCCUAUAAUGCAGCCUCCCCCCCGAUCUGGUGAACCGCAGACGAUUUGGACUACAACUCCCAUUGUUGUUGUUGUUGUUUAGUCGUUUUGUCGUGUCCGCCUCUUCGUGACCCCCUGGACCAGAGCACGCCAGGCACUCCUGUCUUCCACUGCCUCCCGCAGUUUGGUCAGCCUCAUGUUUGUAGCUUCGAGAACACUGUCCCACCAUCUCGUCCUCUGUCGUCCCCUUCUCCUUGGGCCCUCCAUCUUUCCCAACAUCAGGGUCUUUUCCAGGGAGUCUUCUCUUCUCAUGAGGGGGCCAAAGUCUUGGAGCCUCAGCUUCAGGAUCUGUCCUUCCAGUGAGCACUCAGGGCUGAUUUCCUUCAGAAUGGAGAGGUUGGAUCUUCUUGCAGUCCAUGGGACUCUCCAGAGUCCCAUUAGCCCCCAGCCAAUACUCCAAGAAUCCAAGCUGACAGGUGGACUUCCAACCUCUGUUGGAAAACUUCCAAUGAAAGAAAGUUGACAGCCUCCUGAAGGAGUCCAUUCCACUGUCAAACUGCUCUUAACCCUCAGAAAGUCUAGUCGGAAUCUCCUUUCUUUCGGUUUGAAUCCAUUAGUUCAAGGUUUCUCCCCUGGAGCAGCAGAGAACAAGCUUGCUCCAUCUUCCAUGGGACAGCCCUUUAGAUUUUUGAAGGGGGCUACCCUCUCAGUCCUCUCUUCUCCAGGCUAAAUAUACCCAUCUCCCUCAACCUUUCCUCACAAGGCUGGGUUCCCAGACCCUUCAUCUGCUUGUCUGCCCUUCUCUUCACAAUUUCCACCUUGUCAAUAUCCCUCUUUAAAUGGGGUACCCAGAACCCAUUGAAUUCAGAAUCUUCCAGCCAUUCAAAGAUCUGGGUAAACAGGAAAGUUUCAAAAUUCCUCCUGAAAGUGAGCAAUGAGAGAGACAAGAUACUCUUCAACUGGGAGGGCAUUCCACAAAUGGGGAACCAAACCGAAAAGGCCCUGUCACAAGUCUAUGGCACCAAGCAGACUUCUUUCUUUUAUUCCUGGAGAAGCCCAAAGCCCUGGCCCCCAGUCUCUCUGCUCCUGCAAACCUUCUUCGCUUAACCGAGUCCUCCUCACCCGCCGCACUUACUGUACCUUAGCCCAUUACUUUCUGGUAUUUAUCGCUUUGCCGUUUAAUUAUUAUUAUUAUUAUUAUUAUUAUUAUUAUUAUUAUUUAAUAUGUAUACCCCACCCAUCUGGCUGGGCUUCCCCAGCCACUCUGGGCGGCUUCCAACAAAAUAUUAAAAUACCGCAAUACAUCAAACAUUAAAAGCUUCCCUAAACAGGGCUUCCUACAGAUGUCUUCUAAAAGUCUGGUAGUUGUUGUUCUCUUUGACAUCUGGUGGAAGGGCGUUCCACAGGGCGGGUGCCACUACCAAGAAAGCCCUUGAACUUUAUUGCUAUGUCUUAGUCCAACUGGGCUGCUCUGAGCCUGUAGAGUAUUAUCCUCACAGUGACCUUUGGUUUGCUCCCACCUUGAACUUUGAGCAAGGCAAGACCCAGGUGGAGAGUCAGGGUCACCAGGUGAGAAGUGUGCUGAGUAACGAUGGGGAGGAACAGCAGCCAUGUCCCCAAGGCACUGAGAUCCAUGAAACGAUGGAGGGCUUCUGUGUGUAUAUGCGUUUUCUGCAACAUCCCCUCGAUGCAAUCAUGGUGCUUUAGCGGCAGAGUUAUCCUGGGCCAUCCACGCACCAUUCCUCUUCGGUCAUCGUUCUGUGAUGCUUCCCCAGUGCAAAUCUUUACUGCCAUACGGAGGGGAACUUUGCACUAUAAUGCAACGUGAGAACAUACCGUAUUCUAACUGAAAACAGCUUGCAGAUACUUAAUUGGCUUAGGAUUUUAUUUAAGGGAUGAAUUAACAGGUUUAAUUUCAUAAUGUGAAGAUCUAAGGAUGGUAAUGUUUAAGUUAAAUUAUUUUAAGAACUACGAUUUGGAAAACCGUUAAAAGGACAUGCAAUGAAAUUCAACCAAGGGAAAGCGAGGAAGUCACUUAAUAAGGUUAAUAAGUGUAAUUUUUAAUAAGGUUAUGAUUCAUCUUUGUUUUAUGUGUUUGUUUGUUUAUAAGGUUGUGAAAAUCAAUUUUAAAAAUUGGGGGAAAAGGACAUACCGUAUUGGCCUGAAUAUAAGCCGCACCCAAAAACAAGCUGCACUUUUAAAAUUCGGCGGCUUGGGGGAGGCUUGAGAGCUGGGGACGGGACGGGUACCGUUGCCCUGUGCUCCUGGCCUGUUUCCUGCGACGAAGGGAGCCGCGCCACUUUGCCGGUGGCGUAAGGUCACAAAUAUAAGCUGCACUUUAACUUUGCACGAUCGGAAUUUGGGGGGAAGAAGUGUGGUUUAUAUUCGGGCUAAUACGGUACAUUGCAUUAGGACCGUCUAGUAAAUCAACUUGUCCUUGCAGGGUCCAACCAGUUGCCUCAAUGGGGAACCAGCAAGCACAAGAGCAACACUCUCCUGUCCCGUGUCUUCCAGCAAGGGGCGUUCAGAAGCCUCUGGCCGUGGAGUCAGGGCAUAGCCAUUGUGGCUAGCGGUAGCCAUCCAUAGACUUGGUCCCCCAUGAAUUUGUCUAGUCCUCUUUGAAGGCCAUCUAAGUUGCUGGCUAUCCCUGUGAGAGGCGCUGUGGGUAAAACCACAGAGCCUAGGACUUGCCGAUCGGAAGGUCGGCGGUUCGAAUCCCCGUGAUGGAAUCAUAGAAUCAUAGAAUCAUAGAAUCAUAGAGUUGGAAGAGACCACAAGGGCCAUCGAGUCCAACCCCCUGCCAAGCAGGAAACACCAUCAGAGCACUCCUGACAUAUGGUUGUCAAGCCUCUGCUUAAAGACCUCCAAAGAAGGAGACUCCACCACACUCCUUGGCAGCAAAUUCCACUGUCAAACAGCUCUUACUGUCAGGAAGUUCUUCCUAAUGUUUAGGUGGAAUCUUCUUUCUUGUAGUUUGGAUCCAUUGCUCCGUGUCCGCUUCUCUGGAGCAGCAGAAAACAACCUUUCUCCCUCCUCUAUGUGACAUCCUUUUAUAUAUUUGAACAUGGCUAUCAUAUCACCCCUUAACCUCCUCUUCUCCAGGCUAAACAUGCCCAGCUCCCUUAGCCGUUCCUCAUAAGGCAUCGUUUCCAGGCCUUUGACCGUUUUGGUUGCCCUCCUCUGGACACGUUCCAGUUUGGCAGUGUCCUUCUUGAACUGUGGUGCCCAGAACUGGACACAGUACUCCAGGUGAGGUCUGACCAGAGCAGAAUACAGUGGCACUAUUACUUCCCUUGAUCUAGAUGCUAUACUCCUAUUGAUGCAUCCCAGGGUGAGCUCCCGUUGCUCGGUCCCUGCUCCUGCCAACCUAGCAGUUCAAAAGCACGUCAAAGUGCAAGUAGAUAAGUAGGUACCGCUCCGGUGGGAAGGUAAACGGCGUUUCCGUGCGCUGCUCUGGUUCGCCAGAAGCGGCUUAGUCCUGCUGGCCACAUGACCCGGAAGCUGUACGCCGGCUCCCUCGGCCAGUAAAGCGAGAUGAGCACUGCAACCCCAGAGUCGGCCGCGACUGGACCUAAUGGUCAGGGGUCCCUUUACCUUUACCUUAAAAGAACGGCACGCAGUAUUCCAAGUGUGUUUUAAAAGCAUUAGGAUAUCAGCAAUUUUAUUUUCAGUUCCUCCCCUAAUUAUCCCUGGUGUGUAAUUCUCCUUUUCUGCAGCUGCAGCCCGCUGGGUCGACAUCUUCAGGCUGCUUUUGUGGAAGGGACCUGAGAAGCAUUUAAGGGUUAUGGGGUUAUUACCCUUUUAACUCUUCAUUCCUCUGUUUCAGGGCAAAUCAGUUCCUUGGGGCUGAGCUACCACCAAAGCCUUUCGCAGCAAAAUGUAAGUGACGACAACUGCUUCCCGGACGAGGCUAGAAGGCUCUCCUGCCCUGCCCUCUCUCAUAUAACUCUCUUAUAAAGCUCAGGCAUGUCCAAAGUCCGUUUCGGGGGCUUAAUCUGGCCCCUGUGGCAGUUUAUUUCCUGGGGUAAAAUACUAAGAAAAAACCUCAGCAACUUCAACCCUAAAAAAAGGUCAACAACUUUGAAAUAUAGUGGUACCUCGGGUUAAGUGCUUACGGUAAUUCGUUCCGGAGGUCUGUACUUAACCUGAAACUGUUCUUAACCUGAAGCACCACUUUAGCUAAUGCGGCCUCGUGCUGCCGCCGCACCACCAGAGCAUGAUUUCUGUUCUUAUCCUGAAGCACUAUUUCUGGGUUAGCAGAGUCUGUAACUUGAAGCAUAUGUAACCUGAAGCGUAUCUAACCCGAGGUACCACUGUAUACUUGGAGUCGAGUGUGGAUUUCAUGCUCUUUAUUCAGCUCAUAGUAGUGAGGAAUGGAAGUUCCCCCAAAAUGUCUGCUUUAUAUACAUUAUUUAGACAACGGGCCCCAUGUGAUUGGUUAGUUCCGGGAUUAUCCUGUAGGCCAAUCAGGUUGCGGAUCCACUUCCACCUAGAGUUGGAUUGGGUGGCUCCUGCGGACCAAUCAGACUGCUGCAUUCUGGAUCCUAUUGUUCUAGGACCAAUCAGACUGCUGCAUUCUGAAGCCGAUUCAACUCAGUACACAACAAACUUCAAUCCUAAAAAAAAGGUCAACAACCCACAGCCCUUCACUUCAUCAAAUCUGGCCCUCUUUGAAAAAAGUUUGGACCCCACUAUCUGCAAAGGAGGACUUUUCUGGGUGAAGCUAUCAACGGCGUUAGCAUUUCGGGAAUCUCUUGGCUAAUGAGCACCAUGUUGAUUUAUCCUUUGGGAUGGGAUCCGGUAAGGCUGGGAAUCCCCACGCAGGCAAUGCACGUGGCCCACACUCCGCCAAACUGAUCUAGAGCACGUGCAGAGCGUCCCCAUCGCUUGCAUGCCCCUGCCGACGCCAUUCCCCACCCCGGACUUCCGGGACAGACAGCCUGCAGAAGGUGUUGAACCUUCGCAACCGCGGAGUUGGAAGGGACCCCCCAAAGGCCAUCUAGUCCAGCCCCCUGCAGCGCAGGAAUCGUGCAGAAGUCUGGUCUUGGUGUCUGUGCGGAUCCUGCAGCUGCUGCCGCCCCUUAUGCUUGCCUCCUCUCUUUCCACUCAGCCACCCUCGCCAGCUGCGACUUCGAUGACGCCGGCAGCCCGUUCUGUGACUGGACCCAGCCUAAGGAUGACAGCGGGGACUGGAUCCGAGGAGAGGGGAAGAAGCCCGGGGAAAGCCCUGGACCGCCAGGAGGGGUCCCCGAACGGAGUACGUUAUAAGAAUUUAAUAAUAAUAAUAAUAAUAAAUAAUUUUUUAUUUAUACCCCACCCUCCCCGGCCAGAGCCGGGCUCAGGGCAGCUAACACCAAUAAAAUCACAAUAAAAACAUAAGGGGUGGGGAACCAAUUUAAAAUACAGGUUAAAAUGUAAUUUAAAAUGCAGCCUCAUUUUAAAGUACCGGUAGCUGAUAAAUCCAGACCAUAAAAGAGGAGGGAAACAUAAGGGUCAGACUGAGUCCAAACCAAAGGCCAGGCGGAACAGCUCUGUCUUGCAGGUCCUGCGGAAAGAUGUCAAGUCCCGCAGGGCCCUUGUCUCUUGUGACAGAGAGUUCCACCACGUCAGGGCCAGUACUGAAAAGGCCCUGGCCCUAGUUGAGACCAAUCUAACCUUGCGACUUGGGACCUCCAAGGUGUUGUCAUUUCUGGACCUCAAGGUCCUCCGCGGGGCAUACCAGGAGAGGCGGUCCCGUAGGUACAUGAGUCCUAGUACAGGAGAACAAUCCCGAAGCCAUUUUGACUCUCCCAAAUUGACCUCAAAUACUUCUCUGCAAGGAGGAAGGAAAUGGGGAAAGCUUUCCAAUGGGCUUUGGGGCUUAACACCUCCCUUUUCAAAUACAGUCUGGCAAGUAUCUGUUAAGUGGAGCACGCUAUGAAUAUCAGGAACUAAGUAUUCACCAUCUCCCAGGAAUGGCCAGGCUACCCAGAAAAGGCAAUUGAUAAGGCAUUAUCAGGUAUCCUGGCAGACAGGAGAGAAGCAACACACCCACAUUUCUGCCAGGGACCACCGCUUUCUGCGAUGUACGUAUGAUGUUUCUGGGGGUGGUCUUGAGCUACAGGGGAGACAGUUUCAAAAGUCUAUAUAAGAGCUUGCACACCAAUUUUCUGGGUUCCUCUCCCCACUCCCUGUGUGGGGUGAGUGGGGGACCCUGUUGCAACAAUUUAAUAAAGAUCAGGCUUACUAGCCACUUUGCUUCUCAAUAUUCUCUGGUUGGCCUCUGUUUUUUUCUCCUACCAACAGGGAACCUAUAUAAGGACUCUAUACGGGCGCUUGGGUACCCCAUAAGGGACAAAGGAGCAGUUUUUUUUCUUAUAACAGAGUAAUAAUAAUAAUAUUUUUGUAUUUAUACCCCGCCCUUCCCGGUUCAGGAAACCAGGCUCAGGGUGGCUAACAACAAAUUUAAAACACUUAAUUGAUGCUAUAAAAAAAGCAUAAAAUACGAUAUGAAGCGUAAAAAACAAUAAAAUCAAGAAUCAAUUUAGGGGGGAAAUCCAUCCAAUAAACAUUAGAUGAUCACCAGGGCUAGCUGGCUAAAUUAGUCCUAUUUGGGCCAGUGAGGAGACCAGGGGAGAAUUAGCUGUGGGACCCCAGAGCAGGCAAUCUUCACAAAAAGGGGAGGGGGAGGGAAGGAAGGGGAAUAAAAGAUCAGGCCAGGUUCAAAUUGAAAGCCAGGCGGAAUAGCUCUGUCUUACAGGCCCUGUGGAAGGAAGUUAAAUCCUGCAGGGCCCUGGUCUCCUGGGACAGAGCAUUCCACCAGGUCGGAGCCAUCACUGAAAAGGCCCUGCCCUGGUGGAGGAUAUCUUUCCAAAGCCCCCUGCUCCAGAGGAAGGCCUGGCCUGCUUUGAGGCUGCAGAACCGUCCCCAGGAGAAGGAUAAAAUCUGAAUCCCACUUGCUUCAAACCACAGGAGAGGAGAGAGGCUCUUGCGUUCGAAUCCUGCCUGUGGGUUUCCCUAUUGAGGCAUCUGGUCGGCCACUGUGAGAACAGGACAGAGUGGACAGAGGUUUUCCUCCUUUCAUAACCCCGGAACUCAGGAUCAAUAAAAUGGAAGGUUCAGGGCAGAGAUGACGAAAUCUUCCUUCCAGCAAUGUAUGAUUAAGAUCUUAAGGAACUAAGAAGGGUGCUACUGGAUCGGGACCAAAGUCCGUCAAGUCCAGCAUUCUGCCCUCAUGUUGUGAGAAUUUUAAGGUCUUAUAUAUGUCAUAAAUGUUCAUAAAUGUACCAAGCAAACACGGACAUAAAUAUAUACACCUCAUGUCUGAAAACCCCACAGAAAAAAAGUCCUGAACAAAUUGACCUCAAAUAUUUCUCUUCAAGGUCAAACUGGGAACCUCCCCAUUGUCUUUUCCUUCACAAAUCCUGUCUUAAGGGCACAUUUAAGAUAUGAAUAGGGUGUGAGCCUGUGACCUGGCUGAGGAACUAAGUAUUUAUCAUUACAAAAGACUGGCCAGGCUCCCCAGGCAAUCCAGUCAAGUAAGCAUUAACAGGUAACCUGCCAGACAGGAGGUAAACAAUGCACUCAGAUUUCUGUUGUAGACCACCCCUUUCUGUGAUAUAGGUAUUAUGUUUCUGGAGGUGGUCUUGGACUCCAGGGUGGGCAAUUUAAAAUGUCUAUAUAAGGGCAGGCACACCUGGGUUCUGGGUCCUCCUCCGUCCUCCUGCGUGUGAGGGGAGCCCCCUGUUGCAGCAGAUCAAUAAAGAUCAGGCUUACGAGCUGCUUUGCUUCUCAAUAUUCUCUGGCUGGCCUCUGUUAUGUUCUUUGACCAAUGGAGAACCUGCAAAGGACUCUAUAAGGGCUUUUGUGUCCCCCAUAAGGGAAUAAGGGCAGAUUUCUGUUUAUUACACUCGCAAACAGGACCUGAGGGUAACGCGGCACUCUAUGAGUCCUGGAAGUUGGUCCUCAGAGAUAUACAGCCUCUGAUACAGAGCAUCGUGGCUUAUAGACAUUGAGAGCCUUCUCCUCCACCACCAAUUUGUCUAAUCCUCUUUUAAUCAAGAUUGGUGGCCACCCCUGCCUCCUGCCGGGCAAUUUCCAUAGUUUAACUUUGCACCGUACUUUAUUCUAUCUGUAUUGAACAGUUAAUGGUUAAUGGAGGCCUGUUUAUAACAUCUGUAUGGUUUUUAUUGUCCAGUUUUAUGUUUUUAUUGCUCUGAACAGCGUCUCCACCCCCAUCCUUCUGCCCGGACAUUGAGGUCCAGCUCCGAGGGCCUUCUGGCAGUUCCCUCCCUGCGAGAAGCCAAGUUACAGGGAACCAGGCAGAGGGCCUUCUCGGUGGUGGCGCCCACCCUAUGGAACGCCCGCCCUGUGGAAUAAUAAUUUAUUAUUUAUACUCCACCCAUCUGGCUGGGUUUCCCCAGCCACUCUGGGCGGCGUCCAACAGAAUAUUAAAAUAGAAUAGUCUAUUAAACAUUAAAAGCUUCCCUAAACAGGGCUGCCUUCAGAUGUCUUCUAAAAGUCUGGUAGUUGUUUUUCUCUUUGACAUCUGGUGGGAGGGAGUUCCACAGGGCGGGCGCCACCACCGAGAAGGCCUGUUGGAUCUGUUUCCUACUCAUUUGAAUCCGUCGGUUCGGAUCCUGCCCUCCAGAGCAGGUAAAUGCACACCAUGCUCUCCCCGCAUGAAACGAGCGACUUCUCACCCCAUUCCAGGAGGCCAUUACGUCUACCCGGAGGAAGGAGCAUCCGUGCUGUUGGAGAGCCCGGAUCUGGACCCGGCCGCGCCAGAGACCUGCGUCGAGUUCCUCUACUACCUGUACAGCCUAGACAGCAAGGGCCAGCUGGCGGUGAAAGUUCAAUAUCCUUCGGGGAACUCCUCCACCCUCUGGACACGGAGAGGGAUGGAGAGUUCGUCUUGGCUGCUGGGAGCUGUGACUAUCCAGAAUCCAUCACAACGCCCUUUCAAGGUAAGCAGUGUCGCUGCUUUCGAGGAGACGUUUCAGUGUGGGUGGUGUAGAGCCCUGGUCCGAGACCUGGGAGACCAGGGUUCGAAUCCUCCCACACAGCCAUUAAGCUCACUUGAAAUGGAAAAGGACAAUUUCAUGAAGAAAUAAACGAUUCAGGCUCCUCGCAGGGUUCUCCCAUAUUUGCAAUUCUAAAAAUGGAAGGUGGGUUUUUUCCUCUCAUUUUCACCCCCGAUCUCCCAUUCCAGUUCCUUGCAAAACCUUUUCAGCACCUGCUAAAAACAGUUUUUUUUCUUAUUUAGGCAAGCCUUAAAAAGAUAGGUAAAAACUCUAUUCCAUUUAACCAUGACCGGUUUUUAAAAUAAUGUUUGGAAUACCUUGAAUGGUUGAUUUUUUAACUGUUCUUCCUGAUAAUUUUAUGGCUUUCUGUAAACCGCUUUGUUUGUUUCCCACGAGCAAAUGUUGUGUACGUUUUAUGAUGUAAAAUAAACAUAAUAAAAUAAUAAAUUCCCGUUAGCAAUAAAAGAGCACUGAUCCGAUGUAGCGGAGCAGACCUUGCCAAGUUUACCUUAAGAUGCGGAAGAGCUGAGCUCGGUGUAAACGUCCGCUGUAGGAACCUCAUCGGUUUCUUACAAACCUUGUUUUAUUUAUUUUUAAACGUGCAAUCUAUGGCCAGUUUUCUUGCAGCUCAGUUCAGGCACAAGCGGAGAGACUGAGCAGGUGCCGUGAGCUCGGAUUUGUGGUUGCAGCUCAGCUCUUGCAAAGCUUCUGCUAACUGGAAUAAUAAUAAUAAUAAUAAUAGUAGUAGUAGUAGUAAUAAUAAUAAUUUAUUUAUACCCCGCCCAUCUGGCUGGGUUUCCCCAGCCACUCUGGGCGGCUUCCAACAAAACACUAAAACACCAUAACCUAUUAAACAUUAAAAGCUUCCCUAAACAGGGCUGCCUUUAGAUGUCUUCUAAAAGUUUGGUAGUUAUUUUUCUCUUUAAUCUGGUGGGAGGAAGUUCCACAGGGCGGGUGGACACCACUGAGAAGGCCCUCUGCCUGGUUCCCUGUAACCUCACUUCUCGCAGCGAGGGAACCGCCAGAAGGCCCUUGGAGCUGGACCUCAGUGGGCAGUCCGCGGGCAGAGAGGGUCUCAGCCUGCGUACCAGAUGGAGCUGAUAAACAGCUGCCCUGGACACUGAUUUGACCUGUGCCUCCAUGGACAGCUGUGAGUCCAGAACGACUCCCAGGCUGCGCACCUGGUCCUUCAGGGGCACAGUUGCCCCAUUCAGGACCAGGGAGUCCUCCACACCUGCCCGUCUCCUGUCCCCAAAAAACAGUCCUUCUGUCUUGUCAGGAUUCGACCUCAAUCUGUUAGCCACCAUCCAUGCUCCAACCACCUCCAGGCACUCACACAGGACCUUCACCGCCUUCACUGGUUCUGAUUUGAAAGAGAGGUAGAGCUGGGUAUCAUCCGCAUAUUGAUGGACACCCAGCCCAAACCCCCUGAUGAUCUCUCCCAGUGGCUGCAUGUAGAUGUUGAAAAGCAUGGGGGAGAGGACGGAACCGUGAGGCACCCCACAAGUGAGAGCCCAGGGGUCUGAACACUCAUCCCCCACCACCACUUUCUGGACACGGCCCACAAAGAAGGAGCGGAACCACUGUAUGACAGUGCCCCAGCUCCCAGCCCCUCAAGACGGUCCAGAAGGAUGUCAUGGUCGAUGGUAUCAAACGCCGCUGAGAGGUCCAGCAGAAGGGUGAAUUGCUCCUUUUGCCCCCAGGGAGCUCCGCCGAUCCCCACGCCGGUUCCUGAGGGCCCUCACGGAGCCUCGCUUUGUCGUGCAAACUACCGCUUUGAGAAAAUGCACAGGAACCAUAGAAUAAUGAACUUGGAAAGGGACCCCCAAAGGUCAUCAAAUCCAACCCCCUUCAGUGCAGGGCUCACACCUACAAAAUCCUUGACCAUCCCACCUCUGCUUAAAAGCCCCCAGGGAACGGCAGUCCUCCACCUUCCAGGGGAAUCCCGUUCCACUUUUCAUUCUCUCUCUCUGCCCAUACAGGUUGUUUUUGCUGCCACCCAGGUCAAGACCGAAGAAAUCACCAUCGCUCUGGACAGCAUCUCCGUCAGGAUUGGGCCUUGUGCACGUAAGCGCCCCUGUUCUAGGUCUCCUCCCCUCGGGAAGAAUAUGGGCUUUUUGCUGUUAUUAUUGCGGCAAGCGGGUGCUGGUUCCUGAGGUUGCCGGACCAUCCUUGCCCCUGGCUGUCUCGCCAGAGUGGUGCAUGCUCUGGUUAUCUCCCGCUUGGACUACUGCAAUGCGCUCUACGUGGGGUUACCUUUGAAGGUGAUUUGGAAACUACAACUAAUCCAGAAUGUGGCAGCCAGACUGGGGACUGGGAGCGGCCCCUGAGACCAUAUAACACCAGUCCUGAAAGAACUACAUUGGCUCCCAGUACGUUUCCAAGUACAAUUCAAAGUGUUGGUGCUGACCUUGAAAGCCCUAAACGGCCUCAAAGGCCCAGUAGACCUGAAGGAGCGUCUCCACCCCCAUUGUUCAGCCCAGACACUAAGGUCCAGCUCUGAGAGCCUUCUGGCGGUUCCCUCCCUGCAAGAAAUGAGGUUGCAGGGAACCAGGCAGAGAGCCUUCUCGGUGGUGGCGCCCACCCUGUGGAACGCCCUCCCAUCAGAUGUCAAGGAAAUAAACAACUAUCUGACUUUUAGAAGACACCUGAAGGCAGCCCUGUUUAGGGAAGCUUUUAAUGUUUGACAUUUUAUUGUGUUUUUAAUAUUCUGUUGGGAGCUGUCCAAAGCAGCAGGGGAAACCCAGCCAGAUGUACGGGGUAUAAAUAAUAAUAAUAAUAAUAAUAAUAAUAAUAAUAAUAAUAAUAAUUUAUUAUUUAUGCCCUGCCCAUCUGGCUGAGUUUCCCCAGCCACUCUGGGCAGCUCCUAUUCGAAUGUUAAAAACAAGUGGUGCGAGAGAGACUUUUCGUCUUCUUCCUCUGCUGCAGCCUGCGUGACUGGGUGUGAUUUUGACGACGACGGCGACCUCUGCCAAUGGGAGAAUCCAGCUGACGGAGACGUCCAGUGGGAGCAAUGGGUUGGGGCCGGGGACCUGCCCGGAGUGGGGCCAGAGGACGACUUCUCGAAACCCGGCUGUGAGUCCUGAACAUGUCAGAGUGUCCAAAGAGCCUUUAGCAGGAUCAGGCCAAAUCAUCAUUAUUAUCAAUCAUAAUUUAUCAUCGCCACCACUGCCUCUUAACCUCAACUACCUCGCAGUUGAGGUUGUUGUGAGGAUCAAAACGAGGAGGUGGGGAGAGCCGCGUGCGCCACCUUGAGCUCCUGGGAGGAAAAGGCGGGACGUAAAUUAUGGGAUCGUAGGGACCACCCACGGUCAUCUAGUCCAACCCCCUGCAAUGCAGGAGUCACAGCUAAAUAAAUGUGGCGAAUAAAAAGAUAUAGGUCAAGGUAAAGGGACCCCUGACCAUUAGGUCCAGUCGCGGACGACUCUGGGGUUGCGGCGCUCAUCUCGCUUUACUGGCCGAGGGAGCCGGCGUCCAGCUUCCGGGUCAUGUGGCCAGCAUGACUAAGAAGCCGCUUCUGGCGAACCAGAGCAGCGCACGGAAACGCCGUUUACCUUCCCGCCGGAGCGGUACCUAUUUAUCUACUUGCACUGGUGUGCUUUCGAACUGCUAGGUUGGCAGGAGCAGGGACUGAGCAACAGGAGCUCACGGGAUUCGAACCGCCGACCUUCCGAUCGGCAAGUCCUAGGCUCUGUGGUUUAACCCACAGCGCCACCCGUGUCCCCCAUAAGUAGAUAUAUAAAUUGACAAAUAAUUGCAGGCAGGAACCGAUGCAGUCCCAGAUUCGGAUGAGCCUCCCCAGAGGAUGACGGCCUGCUUCUUCCAAACCCCUCUGGCGUGUUUCUUCCCGUUAGAGCAGACCCUGACUUUCUCCAAAUAUCGCUCUUGCAGUUGGCCUCUACAUGUUGCUCGAUUCUCUGGGCGGCAGCGGCACGGCCCUCCUGAAGAGCCCCAUCUACCAGUCCCUGGGAUCUUGCCUCUCUCUCAGCUUCUACUAUACCUUGCACGGCGUCUCCAACAACACAGGGCUGAGGGUGUACGCAGCACAACCAGGCAAGUGUCCGGAGACCUGUCGGGCCCGGGGAAAGGGUGCCGUUGGUGGCAGGAGUGGGAUCCUGCCACAUUCCUUCCCCUGCUUCCCAGAGCAGCCCUGGAGGAGAGCGAGGGCUGGCUAACGGAGGCGCCUGUUUUUCUUCCCAUUUCCGUGCGGUACAGGGGGUGAGCUGGGGCCCGCCUUGCUGAGUCUCGCGGGGGAACAUGGACCCGACUGGAAACCGGGAAGAGCCGUCUACUCAGGGACAUCUGAGAACAUCCAGGUGAGGAGGGUGGUUUUCUCGGCACGUAUUUACAACCUGAGCAUAAGACGGAGAAGCUCAUGGCAUUAAAGCCCCAACAGACCUUGCUUUCCCAUCAGUCGUAGAUCUGGACCCUGUGCUGGGCCCGGGGGUGACCCGAGCAACGCGGUCCAGGUCCGGUCCCGAAUCCAAGGGUUCCACGAGGAGUCAGUCCGGCAGGGCCAAGGCAGGACACGAGGCAAGGUCAGGCACAGGAUCACAGGCAGGACCCCUGGGGCGGGGUCCAGCGGCCUUUUAUCUGUCGGGGUAACGGCCGGUCCUGAUCCCCCAGUGACUCACCUCCCUGUUUCGCCCGAAGGCGAGCAUUCAGGUCUCUCCUGCUCUCAGACCGCAGUCUCUGCAGCUCAGGAGAUGUCAGUGGGUUACUAGACCCAGGGGCCACCUCAGCCUCUCCUGACCCAGCCGGUAGUGGAGCAGCUGUAAGCGAUGGCCCACCUGGAGGCAACGAGGUCAUCUCCGCAUCUGGAGCCAGGGCAGGCUCAGGCCCCUGACUCGGCCCAGCUGGUGCUUGUUGCAGGGGAACCUGUGCAGACUGGGGCUCUUCAGGAUCAGGCCCCAGACCUGGUUCAGAUUCCGCCUGAGGCAAAGGAUCCGGUGCGGACUGAGACUCUUCUGGUUCCGAGUUCGAGUCCCAGGCCAUCACAACCCAGCACGGAGCGGACAGGGCUCUGAGUCUCCAGCUUCCAGCCUGCUUCCAGCUCAGCUCACCCAGGGUGGAGAUAAGACCCACCCUUAGGUCCCCAUCAUAGAUCACAGAAUCCUAGAAUUGUAAGGGACCCCCAAGGAUAAUUCAGUCCAACCCCCUGCAAUGCAAGGAAUAUGCAGCUGUCCCAUACGAGGAUCAAACCUGCAACCUUGGCGGUCAUCCCUUGUCUGGAAAGCACAGGUCUGAGAGAUUUUCAGGUUUCCCCCGGGAAAAACUGCUCUUUAGUGCUGAAUAGGAACAAACAACAAUCCGUGGAAAACCCAGCUGGCAUUUGUUCCGAUUCAGCAGUAGAGAGCAAGUUUCCCUAGGGGAAAGCAGAGGGGCAGAGAGCAGUGUGGUCAGGCUCUUAGUUGCAGCUCUGGCAACUCAUUCUCCGGGGGUGCUCUGGAGGACAUGUGAAUGGCCAGCUAAGGUCAUCAUAGAAUUCUAGAAUUGUGGAGUUGGAAGGGGUACCCCAAGGGUCAUCCAGCUGAACCCCCCUGCAAUGCAGGAAUCUCAGCUGAAGCAUCCAAUGCAUAUGGCCAUCCAAGCUAGACUGGUGACCGGGAGCGGCUGCCGAGACCAUAUAACACUGGUCUUGAAAGACCUACACUGGCUCCCAGUAUGUUUCUGAGCACAAUUCAAAGUGUUGGUGCUCACCUUGAAAACCCUAAACGGCCUCAGUCCUAUAUAUCUGAAGGAGCGUCUCCACCCCCAUCGUUCUGCCCGGACACAGAGGUCCAGCUCUGAGGGCCUUCUGACGGUUCCCUCACUGCGAGAAGCCAAGUUACAGGGAACCAGGCAGAGGGCCUUUUCGGUAGUGGCACCUGCCCUGUGGAACGCCCUCCCACCAGAUGUCAAAGAGAAAAACCACCACCAGACUUUAAGAAGACAUCAGAAGGCAGCCCUGUUUAGGGAAGCUUUUAAUGUUUAAUAGGUUAUUGUAUUUUAGUGUUCUAUUGUAAGCCGCCCAGAGUGGUUGGGGAAGCCCAGCCAGAUGGGCGGGGUAUAAAUAAUAAAUGAUGAUGAUGAUGAUGAUGAUGAUUACCUCUGCUUAACAACCUCCAGUGGAGGAGUGUCUAUCACCUCCCAAGGGAACAAAUAAACUUGUCUGACUAGCUCAGCAACCUCCACAAGAUUCUAACUCUCCCUGGGCACAGGACCCUGAGAACUGAGAGGAACUCAGGGCAUCAUCUAGACUGAUCCUGGCAAAACACUGCUUUAAACGUUCUGUGGGUCAAACCAGGAAAACUUGAAUGUGGCAUGGAGGGGCUGGCCGUGGGCUUCUCUGGUGGUCACCCUUGGUCCUCCCUCUCCUAGUUCAUCAUCGAAGGCAUCUACGCAGGGAAGCCUGGCGUCGCAGUGGACAGCGUGAGGAUCUCGCCCUGCGAAGGUAAAAUCUGCCCCGGUCAUCUCUAGGCAAGGAGGGGAGGCGGAUGUGGGGAGGGUGAGAGAGUUGGGCGGGCAGGCGGAGGAAGCAAGCUGGGGGUCGCUCACCCCACGUGCUCCUCGCCCUCAGAGACUUUCGCCGAGUGCAACUUCAACGACGCAGCGGACCCGUUCUGCGGCUGGCUGCAGCCCAGCGACAACGCGGCGAACUGGACGUGGGCAAAGGGGUACACACCGACAGAAGAGACGGGACCUCCAGGCGACUAUCCUGACGGCAGUAAGGAGCCAAGGAGGGCGAGGGGUGGGCUGGGCCCAGGAAGACCUCAUCACAUGCCCCACAUAGAAGCCACAUUGUGCUGGGCCCGGGGGUGACCCGAGCAACGCGGUCCAGGUCCGGUCCCAAAUCCAAGGGUUCCACGAGGAGUCAGUCCGACAGGGCCAAGGCAGGAAACCAGGCAAGGUCAGGCACAGGAUCACAGGCAUGUUCUGGCAAACAGCAACGUUGCUCCCGCAACCUGGGGCGGGAUCCAGCGGCCUUUUAUCUCUGUCGGGGGCGGUCCUGAUCCCCCAGUGAAUCACCUCCCUGUCUCGCCCAAAGGUGAGCACUCCUCCUGCGAGUACUCAGGUCUCUCCUUCUUUCAGACCUUAGUCUCUGCAGCUCGGGAGACGUUGUUGGGUUACUAGACCCAGAGGCCGCCUUAGGCUCCCCUGACCCAACCAGUAGUGGAACAGCUGUACGUGAUGGCCCAGUUGGAGGCAACGAGGUCAUCCCCACAUCUGGGGCCAGGGCAGGCUCAGGCCCCUGACUUGGCCCAGCUGGUGCUUGUUGCAGGGGAACCUGUGCAGACUGGGGCUCUUCAGGAUCAGGCUCCAGACUUGGUCCAGAUGCCGCCUGGGGCAAAGGAUCCGGAGCAGACUGAGACUCCGCUGGCUCCGAGCCCGAGUCUCAGGCCAUCACACACGUCAGGGUUCAAGCGACUUCAGGCUUCUCUCCCCACCAGCUUGUCCCAGUUGGCACAUAGAAUCAUACCCACGAGAGUCAUCUAGUCCAACGCACUGCAAUGCAGGAAUCGCAACUAAAGAAUUCCUGACAAGUGGCCAUCAACCUCUGCUUAAAUUCCACUGCCAAACAGCUCUUACUGUCAGAAAGUUUAGCCGGGGAACAAGCUCUCUCCGUCUUCUAUGUGAUGCCCCUUUCAGAUAUUUAAAGGCGGCUGCUCUGUCCCCUCUCGGUCUCCUCUUCUCAAGGCUGAACAAGCCCAGCUCCCCUAUACGACUUGUUGGAUGUGGGUUUUGCCCCUGGGCUUGUUAAUGGAGAAAUCUGAGGGCUCCCUUGGACAAAAAACAAGGACCCCACCCAGGAAUACCAGAGCCAAACAGCAGCCAGUCGGCUUGGUCUUGAUUGAAGACUGUCGUGACUGGAUUCCCACCUGCCACCAGGUGGAACAAGAUGGAAGCCCAGAAUAAAAGAAGACCCCAAACUUUUAUUAGUUGCUAAUCCCCAUGUUUGAAGACAGAAGUGCCUGGCGUGCUCUGGUCCAUGGGGUCACGAAGAGUCGGACACGACUAAACAACAACAACAACAACAAUCCCCAUGUCCCCCCCCCCAAACUACAUCACUCAUACAUCACAGUUACAUCACUAAAGGGAAGGUCUGGUGGCCGUAAUCUGAGCAUCCUGGACCCUGCCCCAUGGUUCCCCUUGCCCUCCACCAAACACCGAUCAAGUAGAACAAAAGAGAUAUUUACAUUUCCCUGUUUCCCAGCCAAGUUCAUCCCACCCUUUUGUCUUCAUCUGGGUUUGUUACUUCUGGAAUGGCUACCUGUCUGGCACUCAGGUAUCAGGAGGCCAGGAAUUAUCACUCAGGCAGAGGGGCUGCUGAGUCUCUGAGCUCACAUCUCUGUAGGAAUUUUUGAAGUUUUCCCAGUGAGCCAGUACAGAGAUCCAUUGAUCAGUGAAUUCUUACAUUUGGUAUUGUGCAGCAAAGGCCCUUUGAAUAGAUAGGAAGAAGCUGUGACGAAGUGUUUUGUGGGGACAAAUCACCAAAGUCACAAAAGAGAUUGUGCUGGUUUUGGUAGUGGGCUGCAUGUGCAGGAUAUCAGCUGGAGGGGCAACACCCCCCAACCUGUACAUAAAUUCCUGCAACAGGCUCGAUGGUCAAGAGAGUGAUUGGGGCAUGGGGCUGCCCCCUUGCCCGCCUUCUCUUUUCCCAGAGGGCCACUACAUCUACGUGGAAGCUGGUUGCACGAAGCCAGGCCAGGCCACGCGUCUGUCCAGCCGGGGCUUCUGCACAGACACCGACGCCUGCGUGGAAUUCUACUACUACAUGUACGGCAUCGUGGAAGUCGACACCCAGCUUCGGGUUCUGGCGCACGGGCCGUGGGGACCCAGCACCCUCCUCUGGAGCCGGACCGGGAUCCAAAGCCCCGCCUGGCUCUUGGGGUCUGUGACGGUGCCUUACGGGGGACCCCAACCCAGCAAGGUGAGUGGGAGGGGAGGAAAGGCAGAGGGACCUGGACUCAGAAAGUUCAUUACGCAAGAUUUAUAUACCGCUUGAUUGUGAAACAACAAAACCUCAAAGCGGUUUAACCAAAGGAAUAUAAACCCAGCUUUAACCCGACUUAAUUGAUGUAUAUUGCAGAUAUGGACAACGUAAGAAAUAAGGAAUUAAUAACAGCAGCUGAUAACGGGUAUAGCCGGAUCUUGGAUAACUUUGCAAUUAAUGAAUAGCGAUCACCGGUAUGAUAUAAUCUGGCAAACAGCCGUAAUGGAAAAGUUAUCACAAAAAUUGAAGGUUGGAAGGGAAAGGGAAAGAACAAGACAAUUUUUACACUGUAUAGUGUGAUUUUAUUAAAUAUACAAAUUAAAGGACACAUGGAUAAAAAAUAUCUACAGCAUAUGUUGCGAUGUGGCACAGAUAAGCAGGCAGUAGUACAGUAUUUGGCUUGCUUUGCGUUUUCCAAGCUGACUUACUGCAGAAUCCUUUGAACUGGUUCACUGUAAUCACCUCACUAUUACGUACCGUACAGUAAUCUGUUUUGCAUUUACCGCCAUGGCCCGUUUUUUGUCAGUCAUGUCAUGCUUCAUGUGUUAAUGUUUUAUGAUGUAUGUUUGCACAAUGAAUAGAUCAUAGAACGUAAUACCAGAAAAUAACGACGAUGAUGAUAAUGAUAGUGCUUUUUCUUCUUAAAAAAAUGUUAAGGGUACUGUAAUUUUCCUACUCAUACUGAAAUACUGCCCCUCAAUGAGGCCAAACUUAGAUUCACAAAAUGUUUAGGGAUAUGCGUACCCCCAGAAAAAGCACAGAUGAUAAUGAUAUGAUGAUGAUAAUGAUAAUAAUAGUAAUAAUAAUAAUAAUAAUAAUCAUAAUCAUAAUCAUAAUAUUAAUAAUGGUGCCAUGGAAUUAUUAGUAUGAGCGACUGAAAGAUUAAAAAGCAUUAAACCAACAAUAAACUUUUGUUCUGUGAACCACCCUGAGACCUCCGGGUAUAGGGUGGUAUAUACUAAUAAUAAUAAUAAUAAUCUGAAGGCAGCCCUGUUCAGGGAAUUUUUUAACGUGUGACAUUUUAAUGUAUUUUUCAUCUUUGUUGGAAGCCGCCCAGAGUGGCUGGGGAGACCCAGCCAGAUGGGCGGGGUACAGAUAAUAAAUUAUUAUUAUUAUUAUUAUUAUUACAACUAAAAAACACAUCAGCAUUCUUGGAUAGCUGGGCAGGUUUGUCUAAACAAAAACGUUUUCAGCAGGCGCUGAAAAAAGUCUCGCGAAGGCGCCUGCAUGAUAUCCACAGGCAGGGAGUUCCAAAGGGCAGACUGAUUUCUUCUGGACGCAGACUAGCUGUUGCUUGGCACCUGUAGCAGUGCCAGUUCCGCAGAUCCAGGCUGUGGAGAGGGCACAGGUGGGGUAAAGUGAUCUCACCUUACUCCCGUCCAGCCGAUUGGCCACUGACAAGCUCAGGACGGUCUCCACUGACCAUAAGUAGUAGAUCUCCAGGGUUUCAGAGAUGGGCAUCUCCCAUCCCGGCCAGGAGGUGCCCACCUGGGACCCUUCUUUACGCAAAGCUCUGCCGCCGAACUACGGUCCUCUCCUUGAAGCAAAGCAGGGCGCUAGUCCUCAUGGUGGUGGCUGCGUUAGACAGGAAGAGCGGGAGUCGGGUGCAGGCAAAGCCGCUUCCUGGCCCUCGACUGACCCCUUUGCUUUGGCGCAGGUCGUUUUCGAGGUGGUCCGGGGCAGCAACCCCUAUAUGGACGUGGCGCUGGACAACAUUUCCAUACGCAAGGGGGCAUGCGCAGGUGAGGCGGGGCGGGGUGAUGGGGUGGGCAAGCGGCCGCCCCCAAGAACCCCCUUGCCCCUCUUUCCGCAGAGCCGUAUUUGCCAGAAUUCCCCAGGAAGAGGGAGGGAUUGCUAAAGCGCUUUGGGAAUUGUAGCGCCGGGAGGGGAACUCUCAGCAUCCUUAGCGCACUACAAUUCCCAGGGUUCCCUGGGGGAAGGCGGGGCUGAAGGGGGGUCAUUGCGCUUGAAAGGAAGGUGGGAAUGGAGACUGUAAAUUUGAUAUGGGGGGAGAAGCUUCAGGUAUCCCCAAAAUCCCAUAAAUACCCCACUCACUAGGGACUCUGUUUUUUCUCCUCCUUGCAGACUCUGGGACCACAAUUCCCCCACCGACUUCCACAGCUGCCAUAUCAACCACCACAGGCAGACCCGGACCCAUAACAACCUCCGGGGCCAGACCCACAACCACCACCAGUGGGACCGGCCCCACAACUACCAGUGGACCCAGCCCCACAACCACCACUGGGCCCAGCCCCACAACCACCAGCGGACCCAGCCCCACAACCACCAGUGGACCCAGCCCCACAACCACCAACGGGACCAGCCCCACAACCACCAGUGGACCCAGCCCCACAACCACCAACGGGACCAGCCCCACAACCACCAGUGGACCCAGCCCCACCACCACCACCGGGGCCAGCCCCAUAACCACCACCAGUGGACCCAGCCCCACAACCACCACUGGGGCCAGCCCCAUAACCACCACCAGUGGACCCAGCCCCACAACCACCAACGGGACCAGCCCCACAACCACCAGUGGACCCAGCCCCACAACCACCACUGGGCCCAGCCCCACAACCACCAGCGGACCCAGCCCCACAACCACCAACGGGACCAGCCCCACAACCACCAUUGGACCCAGCCCCACAACCACCAACGGGACCAGCCCCACAACCACCACCGGGGCCAGCCCCAUAACCACCACCAGUGGACCCAGCCCCACAACCACCAACGGGACCAGCCCCACAACCACCAGUGGACCUAGCCCCACAACCACCACUGGGCCCAGCCCCACAACCACCAGCGGACCCAGCCCCACAACCACCAACGGGACCAGCCCCACAACCACCAUUGGACCCAGCCCCACAACCACCAGCGGACCCAGCCCCACAACCACCACCAGUGGACCCAGCCCCACAACCACCAACGGGACCAGCCCCACAACCACCAGUGGACCUAGCCCCACAACCACCACUGGGCCCAGCCCCACAACCACCAGCGGACCCAGCCCCACAACCACCAGUGGACCCAGCCCCACAACCACCAACGGGACCAGCCCCACAACCACCAGUGGACCCAGCCCCACAACCACCAACGGGACCAGCCCCACAACCACCAUUGGACCCAGCCCCACAACCACCACCGGGGCCAGCCCCAUAACCACCACCGGUGGACCCAGCCCCACAACCACCAACGGGACCAGCCCCACAACCACCAGUGGACCUAGCCCCACAACCACCACUGGGCCCAGCCCCACAACCACCAGCGGACCCAGCCCCACAACCACCAGUGGACCCAGUCCCACAACCACCAACGGGACCAGCCCCACAACCACCAGUGGACCCAGCCCCACAACCACCAACGGGACCAGCCCCACAACCACCAUUGGACCCAGCCCCACAACCACCACCGGGACCAGCCCCACAACAACAACUGGGACCAGCCCCAUAACCACCAUUGGACCUAGCCCCACAACCACAACUGUGACUAACCCCACAACCACCAACGGGACCAGCCCCACAACCACCAACGGGACCAGCCCCACAACCACCAGUGGACCCAGCCCCACAACCACCACCGGGGCCAGCCCCAUAACCACCACCAGUGGACCCAGCCCCACAACCACCACCGGGGCCAGCCCCAUAACCACCACCAGUGGACCCAGCCCCACAACCACCAACGGGACCAGCCCCACAACCACCAGUGGACCUAGCCCCACAACCACCACUGGGCCCAGCCCCACAACCACCAGCAGACCCAGCCCCACAACCACCAGUGGACCCAGCCCCACAACCACCAACGGGACCAGCCCCACAACCACCAGUGGACCCAGCCCCACAACGACCACUGGUCCCAGCCCCACAACCACCAACGGGACCAGCCCCACAACCACCAGUGGACCCAGCCCCACAACCACCACCGGGGCCAGCCCCAUAACCACCACCAGUGGACCCAGCCCCACAACCACCAGUGGACCCAGCCCCACAACCACCACCGGGACCAGCCCCACAACCACCAGUGGACCCAGCCCCACAACCACCAACGGGACCAGCCCCACAACCACCAGUGGACCCAGCCCCACAACGACCACUGGUCCCAGCCCCACAACCACCAACGGGACCAGCCCCACAACCACCAGUGGACCCAGCCCCACAACCACCACCGGGGCCAGCCCCAUAACCACCACCAGCGGACCCAGCCCCACAACCACCAGUGGACCCAGCCCCACAACCACCAACGGGACCAGCCCCACAACCACCAGUGGACCCAGCCCCACAACCACCACCGGGACCAGCCCCAUAACCACCAUUGGACCUAGCCCCACAACCACAACUGUGACUAACCCAACAACCACCAACGGGACCAGCCCCACAACCACCAGUGGACCCAGCCCCACAACCACCACUGGGGCCAGCCCCACAACCACCACCAGUGGACCCAGCCCCACAACCACCAACGGGACCAGCCCCACAACCACCAGUGGACCCAGCCCCAUAACCACCACCAGUGGACCCAGCCCCACAACCACCAGUGGACCCAACCCCACAACUACCACUGGGGCCAGCCCCACAACCACCACUGGGCCCAGCCCCACAACCACCUCUUCGGUCUCCACUACUACAACAACCACGGCGAAACCCCCUGUGCCGCCUGCAGGUGAAUACCUUUCGGGGGCCCCUAACUGCAGGGGGGCGGAAGGGGCUAAACAGUUACUGUGCAGCAGCAGCAGCCUUUGGGGUGGGGAGCCAGAGGGUCUGGGCUGCCCAGGAAAGAAGGGAGAUCAAAUUAGCCAGCCAGGUGCCCCAUAGCAAACCCCACAAGCUGCCUCUGAACGUGGUGGCAGAACUUUGCCACCCUGGCUAGUAGCCAUCAAUAUCAAAUCCUCUUUUUAAGCCAUCUAGGUUUGUGGCCUUCACUGCCUCAUGUGGCAGGGAGUUCCGCAGGUCAUCUCUGUGCUGCGUGAAAGACUUUAUUCUGCCUGUCCUGAAUCUUCCAACACGUAGCUUCAAAAGGAGGAGGCAGUAUUGGGAGGGUGAGCCAGGACUCCUGGGUUCUUUAGAGAAUAAUAAUUAUGGGGCCUCUGGGCUUAUUCAGGGGGGUACAUUUCCUGUGUCGUAGAAGAAAUUAAUUCAUUUAGUUGUUUGGACUGUUUCUUCCCUACUUCCUAACCAAUAAACUCAGGGCAGCUAAAGAUAUUCAUAAAUUAAGCAAUGUAAGAGAUUUGCAAUCACAAAACAUGCAACCAAAUGUGGAAAUAUAGGAAGUUAGACCUUGAAAAUACCCCUUUCUAAGUUGCUUCCAAAGUUUCUCACUUCCUUUUGCACAGAAAAAGACCAAGUUUAAAAUGGUUUACUUACAAACUUUUCAAAGGUCGGGUUUGUGUGCUUGCCCAUACGGGAGCAAUAAAACACAGGCAGCAAAACUUAGGGUGCAAACCGCCAUGGGUAUUGUAAAAUAAUGAUAAUGAUAAUGAUAACAAUAAUGAUAAUUAUUAUUAUUAUUAUUAUUAUUAAUAUCCCCACCCUCCGCAGCCAAGGCCGGGCUCAGGGCAGCUAACAAGCAAUAAUAAAAACAAGUUGAAUGAAUACAACUUAAAAACAAGAUUACAAUACAACAAUUAAAAUAUUGAAACAUUAAAAUAUUAAAAUAUUAAAAUGCAGCCUCAUCACAGGAGGAGAAAGGAAAAAGGAAAAAGAAAGAGGGGAACGGGGAGGGAAAAAUAGAAAGACGGUAUACAAAUUAAAAGUGAAUGAAUGAUAGUUCCAAAGCGGCAAAAGUUUCUAAAUCAUUUGAAGGAUAGGAGAACUAAUAAUAAUAAUAAUAAUAAUAAUGAACUUUUAUUUAUAUCCUGCCUUCCCCAGCCAAAGCCGGGCUCAGGGCUUCCUCUGACGAUGAGGGGGAGUGACCUAGCUAAGCCUGGCAGGACAGCUUGCUACUCUAUGGUAUUAACCCCUUCACGCAUUAAUUAGAGUUAAGCAAGUUGGCUAUAGGGACGCGGGUGGCGCUGUGGGUUAAACCACAGAGCCUAGGACUUGCCAAUCAGAAGGUCGGUGGUUCGAAUCCCCGUGACGGAGUGAGCUCCCGUUGCUCGGUCCCUGCUCCUGCCCACCUAGCAGUUCGAAAGCACGUCAAAGUGCAAGUAGAUAAAUAGGUACCACUCCAGUGGGAAGGUAAACGGCGUUUCCGUGCGCUGCUCUGGUUCGCCAGAAGCGGCUUAGUCCUGCUGGCCACAAGGCCCAGAAGCUGGACGCCGGCUCCCUCGGCCAGUAAAGCGAGAUGAGCGCUGCAACCCCAGAGUCGGCCACGACUGGACCUAAUGGUCAGGGGUCCCUUUACCUUUUGCUAACAAAAUAAAAAAAAUAUCCUUCCAGUAGCACCUUAGAGACCGACUAAGUUUGUUAUUGGUAUGAACUUCUGUGUGUAUCUGAAGACGUGUACAUGCACACAAAAGCUCAUACCGAUAACAAACUUAGUUGGUCUCUAAGGUGCUACUGGAAGGAAUUGUUUUAUUUGUUUCGACUAUGGCAGACCAACAUGGGACGCGGGUGGCGCUGUGGUCUAAACCACUGAGCCUAAGACUUUCCAAUCGGAAGGUCGGCGGUUCGAAUCCCUGCGACGGGGUGAGCUCCCGUUGCUCGGUCCCUGCUCCUGCCAACCUAGCAGUUCGAAAGCACGUCAAAGUGCAAGUAGAUAAAUAGGUACCGCUCCAGCGAGAAGGUAAACGGCGUUUCCGUGCGCUGCUCUGGUUCGCCAGAAGUGGCUUAGUCCUGGUGGCCACAUGACCUGGAAGCUGUACGCCGGCUCCCUCGCCCAGUACAGCGAGAUGAGCGCCGCAACCCCAGAGUCGGCCGCGACUGGACCUAACGGUCAGGGGUCUGCUGCCCCUUGGUCUUGCGGGAUGUGGGUGCAAAACAGGUAACGUAGGGCUGGCCCCACUUGCAAGCUGCAAGCAAAUGGAUUUCAAAGGGAAACCCCUUCCAGGCCUCACUGCGAUGACAUCGGGUGAUUGGCAUGUGGGCAGCCCUGCCCACAAGGCUUGCAGGUGUCGUUGGGGUGGCGAGACCCCCUCGCCCACCUGCCCCGAUUCCUCCUCUUCCCGCCCCACAGAUCAGGAGACCUGCACCAUCUCCGGAGACCCCCACUACGCCACCUACGACGGUCGCCGCUUCGACUUCAUGGGCACUUGCACCUACUUGCUUUCUGCCCCCUGCAAUGCCACCUCGGGGCUGCCCAACUUCAGGGUGGAGGCCACAAACGAGCACAGAGGGAACAACAAGCAGGUCUCGUACGUCAAGUCCGUCAGCGUGGAGGUCUAUGGGACGCGGAUCGGGCUGCUCAAGGGGCGCAGAGUCACGGUGAGUCCCCUCCGCCACGUUAGGAACGUCACUGGCCACCGGAUCAGGCCAAAGGGGGCUCAUCCAGCCCACAGUGGCCAACCAGUUUCAGGAUUCAUAUACAGUGGUACCUCGGGUUAAGUACUUAAUUCGUUCCAGAGGUCCGUUCUUAACCUGAAACUGUUCUUAACCUGAAGCCCCACUUUAGCUAAUGGGGCCUCCCGCUGCCGCCGUGCCACCGCCAUGCGAUUUCUGUUCUUACCCUGAAGCAAAGUUCUUAACCCCGAGGUACUAUUUCUGGGUUAGCGGAGUCUGUAACCUGAAGCGUAUGUACCUGAAGCGUAUGUAACCCGAGGUACCACUGUAACACCGGUCCUGAGAGAACUUCAUUGGCUCCCAGCACGUUUCCGAGCACAAUUCAAAGUGUUGGUGCUGACCUUGAAAGCCCUAAACGGCCUCAAAGGAGCGUCUCCACCUCCAUCAUUCUGCCUGGACACUGAGGUCCAGCUCCGAGGGCCUCCUGGCGGUUCCAUCCCUGCGAGAAGUGAGAUAGCAGGGAACAAGGCAGAGGGCCUUCUCGGUGGUGGCACCCGCCCUGUGGAACGCCCUCCCAUCAGAUGUCAAGGAAAUAAACAACUACCUGAUUUUUAGAAGACACCUGAAGGCAGCCCUCUUUAGGGAAUUUUUUAAUGUUUGAAGUUUUAUUCUGUUUUUAGUCCUCUGUUGGGAACCACCCAGAGUGGCUGGGGGAACCUAGCCAGAUGGGCAGGGUAUAAAUAAUAAAAUUGUUGUUGUAGUAAUAAUAAUAAUAAUAAUAAUAAUAAUAAUAAUAAUUUAUUUGUACCCCGCCCAUCUGGCUGGGUUUCCCCAGCCACGUUGGCGGCUUCCGACAAAAAUUAAAAUACAUUAAAAUGUCACACAUUAAAAACUUCCCUGAACAGGGCUGCCUUCAGAUGUCUUCUAAAAGUCAGAGUUGUUUAUCUAUCUAUCUAUCUAUCUAUCUCUAUCUGUCUAUUUAUCUAUCUAUCUAUCUAUCUAUCUAUUUUACUUUUAAAAGACAACUGAAGGCGGCCCUGUUUAGGGAAGUUUUUAAUGUUUGACGAUGUAUUGUUUUUAAUGUUCGGUUGGAAGCCCAGCCAGAUGGGUGGGGUAUAAAUAAUACAUUAUUAUUAUUAUUAUUAUUAUUUGAACACAAGAGCCGCUCUCCCCUCCUCAGCCCUGGGACAGCUCAGCUGGCUGAGCACGAGACUCUUCAUCUCCAGGUCCUGGGUUUGAGUCCCAUAUUGCGGGGGGUUGGACUAGAUGACCCCAGUGGCCCCUUUGAACGCCACAAUUCUCCGAUUCCUGCGGUUUCCAGCAACUGGGAUUGAGAAGCGUUGCUGCCGCCUUUGGAAUACUCUCCCCACCCGCAGUGUUGUUGUUGUUGUUUAGUCGUUUAGUCGUGUCCGCCUCUUCGUGACCGCCUGGACCAGAGCACGCCAGGCACUCCUGUCUUCCACUGCCUCCCGCAGUUUGGUCAAACUCAUGCUGGUCUCUUCAAGAACACUGUCCCACCAUCUCGUCCUCCAUUGUCCCCUUCUCCUUGCGCCCUCCAUCUUUCCCAACAUCAGGGUCUUUUCCAGGGAGUCUUCUCUUCUCAUGAGGUGGCCAAAGUCUUGGAGCCUCAGCUUCAGGAUCUGUCCUUCCAGUGAGCACUCAGGGCUGAUUUCCUUCAGAAUGGAGAGGUUUGAUCUUCUUGCAGUCCAUGGGACUCUCCAGAGUCUCCUCCAGCACCAGAAUUCAAAAGCAUCCAUUCUCCGGCCAUCAGCCUUCUUUAGGGUCCAGCUCUCACUUCCCACCCGCAAUAUCCGGACUCUAACCACCGUCCGCCGCCACUGCCACUUCGAUGGCUCCUCUCAGCCUCUCUCUCUCUCUCUCUCCAACGCAGGUGGACGGCCAGCGUGUUACGUUGCCGGUGUCCCUGGCCGAUGGACGAGUGUCCGUGCACCUGAGCGGCACCUUCGUCCUGCUCCAGACCGACUUCGGCCUCUGGGUGCGCUUCGAUGGGAACCACCACGCAGAAGUCUCCGUCCCCGAGGCCUACUUUGGAAAGCUCUGCGGCCUCUGUGGUGAGCAGAAUGGGACAGGGUGGGCGGCUGGGGGUGGGGGAACGGACCCCCAGGAUGGGAGCGGGAUCAGGAAAGGGGUUUCACAAUCACAGCUGUCCACUGUUCUGGGAUUCUCCUGUAGGCCAAUCAGGUUGUGGAUUCACUUCCACCUGGAGCUGGAUUGGGUGGCUCCUGUGGACCAAUCAGACUGCUGCAUUCUGGACCCUAUUGUUCUAGGACCAAUCAGACUGCUGCAUUCUGGAUCCUAUUGUUCUAGGGCCAAUCAGACUGCUGCAUUCUGGACCCUAUUGUUCUAGGACCACUCAGACUGCUGCAUUCUGAAUCCUAUUGUUCUAGGACCAAUCAGACUGCUGCAUUCUGGAUCCUAUUGUUCUAGGGCCAAUCAGACUGCUGCAUUCUGGAUCCUAUUGUUCUAGGGCCAAUCAGACUGCUGCAGUCUGGCAAGGACCACUCAGACUGCUGCAUUCUGGAUCCUAUUGUUCUAGGACCAAUCAGACUGCUGCAUUCUGGACCCUAUUGUUCUAGGACCACUCAGACUGCUGCAUUCUGAAUCCUAUUGUUCUAGGACCACUCAGACUGCUGCAUUCUGGAUCCUAUUGUUCUAGGACCAAUCAGACUGCUGCAUUUUGGAUUCUAUUCAGCUCAGUACAUAACACCAGGAAACUCUGGGAAUUUUUGCUCUGUGGGGAUCAUUUUGGCUGCCCCUUUCUGAACCUUUUCCAAUACCCCUUUGUACGGCCAGAACUGUGCGCAGCGUUCCAAAAGCAGUCCUUGUAGUCUAGUUUUAAAUAACAGCAUUAAGAUGCCAGCAGAUUUGUUUUCCAUUCCUUCCCUGAUAAUACCACUUUAAACUGUCACGGCUUCCCCCAGGGAAUUCUGGGAGCUGUAGUCUGUUGAGGGUGCUGAGCCUCAUUAGGACACACACACACACGCUUUCCCCUCGCAGAUUGUUAAGCCGCUCUGGGAAUUGUAGCGCCUAACCAAGCACAGCUCCCAGAAUCCUUUGGGGGAAGCCCUGAUUGGCAUUAUUAUUAUUAUUAUUAUUAUUAUUAUUAUUAUUAUUAUUUAUACCCCGUCCAUCUGGCUGAGUUUCCCCAGCCACUCUGGGCAGCUCCCAAUCAAGCGUUAAAAACAGUAGAGCAUUAAAUAUUAAAAACCUCCCUAAACAGGGCUGCCUUCAGAUGUCUUUUAAAGAUAGGAUAGCUGCUUAUUUCCUUCACAUCUGAAGGGAGGGCGUUCCACAGGUUGGGCGCCACCACCGAGAAGGCCCUCUGUCUGGUUCCCUGCAAUCUCACUUCUCGCAGGGAGGGAACCACCAGAAGGCCCUUGGAGCUGGACCUCAGUGGAGACGCUCCUUCAGGUCUACUGGACCAAGGCCGUUUAGGGCUUUCAAGGUCAGCACCAACACUUUGAAUUGUGCUCACAAACGUACUGGGAGCCAGUGUAGGUCUUUCAAGACCAGUGUUAUGUGGUCUCGGCGGCCGCCCCCAGUCACCAGUCUAGCUACCGCAUUCUGGAUUAGUUGUAGUUUCCGGGUCACCUUCAAAGGUAACCCCAUGUAGAGCGCAUGGCAGUAGUCCAAGCGAGAGAUAACCAGAGCAUGCACCACUCUGGCCAGACAGUCUGUGGGCAGGGAGGGUCUCAUCCUGCAUACCAGAUGGAGCUGGUAAACAACCACCCUGGACACAGAUUUGACCUGUGCCUCCAUGGACAGCGGUGAGUCCACAAUGACUCCCAGGCUGCGCACCUGGUCCUUCGGGGGCACAGUUGCCCCACUAAGGACCAGGGAGUCCCCCACAGCCGCCCGCCUCCUGUCCCCCCAAAACAGUACUUCUGUCUUGCCAGGAUUCAACCUCAAUUAUAGUGUUUUAAACGUAUGGUGCGAACAUUCCCUUCGAAGGGAGCUCUUCUCGUCCAUUCUCCUUGCGCCCCUCACUGCGCAUUCUUCUUUUUCCAGGGAAUUACAACGGACAACCUUCUGAUGACAAUCUCAUGUCCGACGGCACCUCGGCCGGAAACGAUGUGAACAAGCUGGGCGAGAGCUGGCAGGUCCCGGGCGCCACGGACCCAGGGUGAGUCCGCCACAGUCCGAACUAAAAUCCAGGGCCACAUUUUAAUUUCCAGGUCCUGGCUGGGGAAAGCGGGUCACAGACAAGGUGUGUGAGGGAGGUGGCUGACAAGGGAGGGUAAGGAUAGAUAGAUCUUCUGCAAUGCAAAUGCCAGGAAGCACCGUCUCCUCUGAUGUGCCCAUUUCACAGCUGCACCAACUCAGGAGACCCAGGAGAGUGUGACAAGGACAUCGAGGACGAUGCGAAGAAACCUACAAGUUGCGGGAUCCUCACAGACCCUCAAGGUGAGAUUUGGGUUCCUUGGAGAGGAGCCUGUUAAAGAUGGACAGAUAAGUCCAUUUCUGUUCUCUGUGUUUCUUGGUUUUGCAAUCUUCGUCUCUCCUCAGCAGCUUUUGUUUAAUCCUCUUGAAAAUUUGCCCGCAUUUCGGUGUGACUUCUUCCUUUUGUUACGGAUAUUAAACUUACUGUUUUCCUUUUUGGUAAGAGUAACUAACAGACUAUGUUUUGCAUGCAUUUUUGACCGGUGUACACAUUUUUCCAAGCGUUUCCCCCGCGAAUGCAUUUUUAAAAAUGUUAUUAUAUGAUUAUUAUUUUUGGUAUUAUUAUACCAAGCUCAGGGUGGCUAACACCAGUAAAAUUACAGUAAAAACAUAACGGGGGGGGGACCCAAUUUAAAAUACAGGUUAAAAUAUAAUUUAAAAUGCAGCCUCAUUUUAAAAGUAGCCGAUAAAUCAAGACCGUAAGGGGGGGAAACAUAAGGGUCAGACUGAGUCCAAACCAAAGGCCAGGCAGAACAGCUCUGUCUUGCAGGCCCUGCGGAAAGAUGUCAAGUCCCGCAGGGCCCUAGUCUCUUGUGACAGAGUGUUCUACCAUGUUGGGGCCACCUUGCGACUUGGGACCUCCAAAAUGUUGUCAUUUGUGGACCUUAAGGUCCUCCGCGGGGCGUACCAGGAGAGGCGGAAGAUGGAGAAAGCUUCCUUUCUGCUGCUCCAGAGGGUAGGACCCGAACUAAUGGAUUCAAAUUGCAGGAAAGGAGAUUUUGACUAAACUGUAGGAAGGACGUUCUGAUGGGGAGAGAAAUUCUGUGCUGGUCCCGGGGGGGGGGGGUACCGUGUGGCGUGGUCUGAGUCCGGUCCUAGGUCGAGGGUAAGGAGGCUGUUCGUCAAGGGUGAAGCGGGGUCCAAGGCAAGGAGCCAGGCGUGGUCAGGAACUCUGGAAGAGCAGGACAGGGUGCCGGCAGGAACAGGUUACCAGCGAUGUUGCUCCCGCAACCUGGGACUGGGCUGACUGGCCUUUAUCUCCUCUGAGGCCUGUGGCGGUCCCGGCCCACAGGUGACUCGCCUCUCCUGGCCUUAAGGCGAGCGCUCCUCCUGAGAGAACUUAGUUUCCUCCGCCUCUCUGCCCUGAGCCUCUGCAGCUCCGGAGAGGCUGGAGGGUUACUGGACCCAGAGGCAGCCUCACCUUCCCCUGACAGGGCUGGGAGAGGCGCACCUGCAGGCAAUGGGUCCUCCAUCACCUCCGGAGCCAGAGCGGAUUCAGCUGGUGUCUGCUCCUGAGGAUCCGGCACAGGUGCAGGCCCUUCAGACUCAAGCCCCUGCCCCUGCUCAGCUGGCCCUGGAGGUGGGGACUCCUGUGCAGGCUGGGAUUCCUCAGCCUCUGAAUCAGAUUCCCAGGCCAUCACAAGUUCAGCAGCAAAAACGGAUGCUCUGGAAAGAUGGUGGGGCUCUCCUUUGUUGGAAGGUUUCAAGCAGAGGUUGGAUUUGUCAGGUGUAAUUCCCUCAUUUCAGGGGGCUGGACUAGAGGACCUUUGGAGUACCCUUCCAACUAUGAUACCUGGGUUCCCUGCAAGGGAAGCACAGACUCUUGGGGAACUUACAGUAGCCUUCCUGCCCCCCAGUGUGGGAUCUUUGCUCAUUAACUCUCCUUCCUCGCUCUAGGUCCGUUUGCCCCAUGCCACAACAAGGUCCCCCCCGAGGGGGCGUUUCAGAACUGCGUGUACGAUCUCUGCGGCACUGAGGGGGACACGGGCUCUCUCUGCUUCGCCCUGCAGUCCUACGCCGAUAGGUGUGCCCAAGCCGGAAUUCCCAUCGCCUGGAGGAACAGCAGCUUCUGCCGUAAUUAUUUCUCUCAUUUACAUAUAAUAAUAAUAAUAAUAAUAAUUUUUUAAAUUUACACCCCGCCCUCCCCAGCCAAGACCGGGCUCAGGGCGGCUAACAACGAAUAAUAAAAACAAGUUGAUUAAAAUGCAAUUUAAAAGAUGAAGAUACAACAUUAAAACAAUUAGGGAGCAAUCACUUCAUAGGAGGAGAAAGGAAAAAGAAAGAGGGGGAGGGAAUCAAACUGAUUCCAAGCCAAAGGCCAGGUGGAACAACUCUGUCUUACUGGCCCUGCGGAAAGAAAUCAGAUCCCGCAGGGCCCUGGUCUCAUGAGGCAGAGCAUUCCACCAAACUGGGGCCAGUACUGAAAAGGCCCUGGCUCUGGUUGAGGCUAAUCUGACUUCCUUAGGGCCCGGGACCUCUAGGGUGUUGCUAUAUAUGGACCUUGAGGCUCUCCGUGGGGCAGACCGGGAGAGGCGGUCCCGUAGGUACGAGGGUCCUAGGCUGUGAAGGGCUUUAAAAGUCAAAAACAGCACCUUAAAUCUGACCCUGUACUCCACUGGGAGCCAAUGCAGCUGGAAAAGCACUGGGUGAAUACGCUCCCAUGGCAGAGACCCUGUGAGGAGCCUUGCUGCAGCAUUCUGCACCCACUGGAGUUUCUGGGACAGCUUCAAGGGCAGCCCCGCGUAGAGCGCAUUACAGUAGUCAAGCCAUGACCACCCAUAGGUUGCCUGCAAGCAGGUUCAGGAAAGCAGAUCAUUCAUAGUUGAACUGUGGAACUCCCUGCCACAGGAGGCAGGCAUGGCCACCAACUCGGAUGGCUUUAAAGGAGGAAUGGACCUAUUCACGGAGGAGGAGAGGGCGAACAGUGGCUGCUGGCCGCAAUGGCUCGACUUCCCUCCUCAGUUGUAACCAGCCAUAUUUCUGAAUCCCAGUUGCUGGAAACCGAUGGGGAGUGUUGCAUUCCAAAAGCAAGGAAGGACUGGACUCUGACUAAUAGAAUACACACGAGGCUUGACCAGCAAGACUCUGGGAGGAGGUGCCAAUCAUAAUAAUCCUGUCCACCCCUUGGCCCAGGUCGUUUUAUUCACAAAAGAACUUUUUACACAGUGUUCGUGAGAACCAAUCAGAUUUCCUCUGAGCAUUUAAAAAAAAAACCCACGUGGGACAAAGUUAAAGUUAAAACUACAAAGAGCUAAUUUGAGCAUGCAUACAUUCUGGGGUAAAUAAAACAGGACUAGAAGAAUGCAUUCAGCAAAACCCCAGACAUCAUAAACAGGCAGGAAAGGAAGGAAGGAUGGCAAGGAAAUAGUAUUUACCAUCUCCUUGUGAACUCUCUUCCUGGCCCUUAAGAUCUACCUAAAGAUUAACAAACUACAUCAAAGUUACCUCCUAUCUUUAUGGCUCAGGAUGCCUGAUGAAGCAACCGGCCUGUGUUUCAGAAUGUUGAUACGGGCCUGUCAGGCAGAGAAAAUGAACAGUAGAGAAAACGUGCAGAGAUGCAGAGGCUUGUGGGAUUUGAUCAGAAAUUAUUGUCAAUGAAUCAAACCCAGUCAAUGCCAUGCUUUCAUCGCGGUCACAAUGGCAUGCUCCAUAUUUCAUAAUUCCUCAUAGCAAUCCCACCUGAUCACUACAGGGGAGAGGGCUCUUGAGUCCAGAUUCCUGCUUGCAGGUUUCUUCUUGGGGCUCUGCGUACGCGAAGGGGCCGUACGCACAUCUGGUUAUGGGGCCCAGUCGCUGUGAUCAGGUUCCCAGGCUCCGGAGAAUGCGGAAUUUUUGGCUGCUGGACUGUGGCUGCCAGACUAACAGGGGUGCCUGGUCAGCCACUGUGAGAAUUGGACCAAAUGGGCCCUCUUUGGUGUGAUCCUGCACGCUCUUCUCACAUUCUUAUACAAUGAGCUAAAAUGACAGCAAAUCACAAAGGCACUACAGAGCCUGCCAUGCUACCAUUUUCUAAAUGGUGGCACCGGUGGUAUCUUGUGGAUAAACCUUCCGUGUGCCCCCGUUGCUCCUUGGGACCUUAUUCGUAGCUUUUAUUUAUUUGUUUUCAGCCAUAUCGCCCAAGUGCCAUGUCGGACUUUGCUCGGAUCAGCAAAGCACCAUUGAAAGACUUCAAGGGCUACUGUGCCAUUGAUUAAAAGCUUCUUGUUUGCAGGUUCAAACCUGCUCUAUUGCUUCCUGUUCGACGUGGCUGGAGUUAGUGAUAUGGCACGGGGAACAGGAAGCAAUAAAAUAUGCUGGAGUUGCAAAAUAAAUAAACGGACUCUUGUUCUCUUUUUUUUAUUAUUUAAUAACUUUAUAAUUGGAAGUUUUAUUUACAACAUAACAUAAACCCCCCAUACAGAAAUCCACCCUCAUUAAACGUGAACAUAACAUAUAAUAAGCAUAACAUACAACAAUACAAACAACCAAAUAAAAGACUUCCUUUAUCCUGUAACUAGCCUCCUUAUUUACUUCUUAUAAGCUGUUUCCUUGAUGAAUAAUUAUUAAGAUUUUUCUAAUUAUAACUUAAAUAUCCACAAAGUCUCCUGCAAAACAAGUCCAGGUAUGUAUUUCUCAAAGGAGGACAGUAUCAUUGCUUUAUUCAAUCUUUCUUUCUUUCUUUCUUUCUUUCUUUCUUUCUUUCUUUCUUUCCUUCUUCCUCCAGCCCUGAACUGCCCUCCUGGCAGCAACUACACAUCUUGUGGCCCAGCCUGCCCUGCCACCUGCACGGAACCCCCCUCCCGGAACAGCUGCAACCUGCCCUGCGUGGAGGGCUGCGUCUGCAACGAGGGCUUCGUCCUCAGCGGAGACCAGUGUGUCCCCCUGGGCCAAUGUGGCUGCACAGACCCCGGCGGCCAAUACCAUCCGGUGAGAAGUGGGGGGACCCAAGCGGGCAGUACCUUCUGGCGAGAAGGAGGAGGACAGAGGGGUUUGCCUCCUGCAGAUGACCCAAUAUUCCUGGGUUUUGUGAAAAGAGAGGCCUCUUAUUCCUGGCUUCUUUCAUCUCAUGGUGCUUCAGCGAGUGGCAUAAGCAAGGCAGACAAGCAUCCCUUCUCCCCAAAAUACCCAUUUUUGGCUCACCACCCUGUAGGGUGCAGAACCACGAGCAGUGAUCCACCUGUUCCAGGGGAUCCUUCGUGUAACCUGCUCUAGGGUCCUGGAAGUGAAGAAUCUUGGGUGCUCCUCUAGGUGGGGAAGGGCGGUGGGUGGGGUUCACAGCAGGACACCUGGGUCCUUUCCCCACUGACCCUCCCCCCUCCCUGCUCCUCAGGUUGGUGAGAGCUGGAUGGCGAACAGCAACUGCACCCAGCGCUGUACCUGUGCGCCUCUCAACAACAUCACCUGCGAAGAGUGGAGCUGCAGCCCCGUUCAGGAGUGUCAGCCCGUGGAGGGGCUCCUGGGUUGUCAAGACACCGGUAAGACCCCCUUUUCUCUCCUGGCCUCCUUCCCAGAGCGUUGCGUUCCGAAGGCAAAGGAAGGAUUGGACCCUGAUUAAUAAAAUACACACAAGGCUUGGCCAGCAAGACUCUGGGAGGAAGUGCCAAUCAUAAUAAUCCUGUCCACCCCUUGGCCCAGGUCGUUUUAUUCACAAAAGAACUUUUUACACAGUGUCCGUAAGAACCAAUCAGAUUUCCUCUGAGCAUUUCAAAAAAACCUACCACGUGGGACUAAGUUAGUUCAGAGAAAUCCUUUUAACUACAAAGACUGCUUGGAGUAUGCAUACAUGUUCAGUCUAAAUAAAACAGGAAUCAAGGAGGAAUGCAUUUAGCAAACCCCGAAGGUCAUAAACAGGCAGUGAACAGGAAAGGAAGGACAGGCAAGGCAAGAUAGUAUCUGUUGUUGUUGUUUAGUCAUUUAGUCGUGUCCGCCUCUUCAUGACCCCCUGGACCAGAGCACGCCAGGCACUCCUGUCUUCCACUGCCUCCCGCAGUUUGGUCAAACUCAUGCUGGUAGCUUCGAGAACACUGUCCCACCAUCUCGUCCUCUGUCGUCCCCUUCUCCUUGUGCCCUCCAUCUUUCCCAACAUCAGGGUCUUUUCCAGGGAGUCUUCUCUUCUCAUGAGGUGGCCAAAGUCUUGGAGCCUCAGCUUCAGGAUCCGUCCUUCCAGUGAGCACUCAGGACUGAUUUCCUUUAGAAUGGAGAGGUUUGAUCUUCUUGCAGUCCAUGGGACUCUCAAGAGUCUCCUCCAGCACCAGAAUUCAAAAGCAUCAAUUCUUCGGCGAUCAGAUAGGAUCAGAUCAGAUAGGUGGGGAUCAGAUAGUAUCUACCUAAAGAUUAACAAAAGCUACAUCAAAGCUACCUCCUAACUUUAUGGCCCAGGGUGCCUGGUGAAGCAACUGGUCUGUGUUUUAGAAUGCUUAUACGUGCCUGUCAGGCGUAGAGAAAUGGACAGUAGAAAAAACAGGGCAGAAAUGCAGAGGCUUGUGGGAUUUGAUCAGAAAUUAUCGUCAAUGACUCAAACCCAGUCAAAGCAAUACUUUCAUUGCUGACACAAUGGCUUGCUGCAUUUUUCAUAAUUCCUCAUAGCAAUCCCACAUGACCACCACACCAGAGCCAGCUGCGUCCUCUGGACAACGGAUCCCUGCAGCAAAGGCAUCUUGUCCCGCAACCAGAGUAUUGCACACCUGCAGAUUAAAGGAGCGUAAGGGGGGCAAACCUCUCCAUUCUGAAGGAAAUCAGCCCUGAGUGCUCACUGGAAGGACAGAUCCUGAAGCUGAGGCCCCAAGACUUUGGCCACCUCAUGAGAAGAGAAGACUCCCUGGAAAAGACCCUGAUGUUGGGAAAGAUGGAGGGCCCAAGGAGAAAGGGACGACAGAGGAUGAGAUGGUGGGACAGUGUUCUCAAAGCUACAAACAUGAGUCUGACCAAACUGCGGGAGGCAGUGGAAGACAGGAGGGCCUGGCGUGCUCUGGUCCAGGGGGUCACGAAGAGGCGGACACCACUAAACGACUAAACAACAACAAAACGGGGGGGGGGACCUGGGGUGCACCAAAGCAAUUUUAUAAAGGUUCUGAGCCAGCGCUCCAGCACUCCUCGGUCCAACCUGCACCUCUGGGGUUUACUCUGAGUGUAGAGCUAGCCCAUGCUCUCUCUGAGUCUCUCCCAGACCUCAGAGGAGCGCUCUGGCCGCUUGCAACGCCAAUCCCAAACUCCCGGUAGCCCAAAUGCCAAGCGGCCGGGCAGGUGGGGAUUCCGAAACCCUGGAGUUGGCAACCACAUGCGCUUCAGCGGUGAAAUGAAGGAACUUUAUUAGGAAUAAACGGUAGGAGGAAAGCAGGCAGAAGGUCAAAACAGAAUGCAAAACAAACCUGAACACUGUGGCUCUAAAAUGGAACCAAUCUUAGCUUAUAUCAAGUUUACUCACCAAGUAAAACUUGGCGUGCUCUGGUCCAUGGGGUCACGAAGAGUCAGACACAACUAAACGACUAAACAACAACACUCACCAAGAGUCACCCCGGCUGGCCAGCUUCAUAGAAAGUCUGGCUUUGAACUCUCAUGUUGAGAGGGCACAACUGGAUCCCUGGUGUUGGGAAGGGAACUGGAUCCCCCUAGAUCAGUGGUGGCGAACCUUUUAGAGACUGAGCGCCCAAACUGCAACCCAAAACCCACUUAUUUAUUGCAAAGUGCCAACACGGCAAUUUACACCUCCGUGUAUAAGAUGCCCCCUAUUUUUGUUGUUGUUUAGUCAUUUAGUCUCCUCCAGCACCGUAAUUCAAAAGCAUCAAUACGAAGCUUAUUGGUGUUAGCUUAUUAGUGUCAGACGCGACAACUUUAAGAAGCAGUACUUGCAGAAAAUGAACUUGUUCUUUGUAAUGUUCCACAUAUGCCUUUGCAAAAUAUAGUUGCUGUAUUCAGGCAUCAGACAAAAGAACGUAAGACAAGGAUUCCUGGAAUAAUACCUUGUUUUGCCCUGCUGGGCUUCAUCAGACAUGCAUACUCUAAAUAAUACAGAUAAACGUAAUAAGAGGAGGGGGCUGAUGCCUUGUGUCCCUUUGUCCUCCAGGAGUGGCUGCCUGCCACGUGGCCGGGGACCCCCACUACUACACCUUCGAUGGCACCAUGGUCUCCUUCAUGGGCACUUGCACGUACACCUUGGUGACGCUUUGCCACGCCGACCCCCGCCUCCCGGCCUUCAACAUCACCGCCAAAAACGAGGAGCGGGGCCAGCCCGAAGCCUCCUACCUCCGCCUCGUGACCGUGGAGGUUGCCGGAGCCACGGUCACCCUGCAGAAAAGUCGGCGGGUGCUGGUAAGGGAUCUUGCCCAAAUGUAGGAGGGCAGAAGCAGAGGUCGUUUGCGGGGUGGGGGGUGUCUGCAAGGUUGUCUUCUUUUUAUGGGGGGCGGGGAGGGCUCCUGUGAAGGAUGUCAAAUGUUGGAAGGUUCAGGACAGGUAAAAAAGAAAGUCAUUCUUCAUGCAGGGUGUAGCUAAACUGUGGAGCUCCCUGCCACAGGAGGCAGUGAUGACCGCAAAUCUAGAUGGCUUUAAAAGGCGGAUUAAAUAAAUUAUUGGGUGGUGGGGAGAUGGGAUAUAAAAGUAAAGGGUAAAGGGACCCCUGGCUGUUAGGCCCAGUCGCGGAUGACUCUGGGGUUGCGGCGCUCAUCUCGCUUUACUGGCCGAGGGAGCCGGCGUACAGUUUCCGGGUCAUGUGGCCAGCAUGACUAAGCCGCUUCUGGUGAACCAGAGCAGCGCACGGAAACGCCGUUUACCUUCCUGCCGGAGCGGUACCUAUUUAGCUACUUGCACUGGUGUGCUUUCGAACUGCUAGGUUGGCAGGAGCAGGGACCGAGCAACGGGAGCUCACCCCAUCGCGGGGAUUCGAACCACCGACCUUCUGAUCGGCAAGUCCUAGGCUCAGUGGUUUAACCCACAGUGCCACCUGCGUCCCUGCUUUAAAAGGUGCUUUAAAAGAGGAUUAAACAAAUUCUUGGGUGGUGGGGAGAUGGGAUAUAGAUGUACAGGAAUGAAUGAAUGAAUGAAGACAGCCUUGUUCCACCUCGAUCUCUCGUCUCGCCACAGAUUGAUGGCCAACGUGUCCGGACCCCCGUGGAGGGCCGCAUUCCUGGCGUCUCCAUCACCACCAGCGGGAUCUACGUGGUCCUGGAGACUGAUUUCGGGCUGGUGGUCAAGUUUGACGGAAACCAUCACCUAGAGAUCCAGCUGCCUGGGACUUACUUUGACAAGGUAAUUCGCGACUCAGCCGCGAUGGCUGUGCUCUGCUUCCGAAGGCCAGUUGCUGGAAGCCCCAGGAAGGGAGAGUUGCUCUUGCGCUCGGAUCCUGCUUGCGGGUUUCCCACAAUGGGCAUCUGGUUGGCCACUGUGAGAAGAGGAUGCUGGACUAGAGGGGCCGUGGGCCUGAUCCAGCAUCCUGUUCUUGUGUUCUUACCUGCAUCCCCAGUCUCAGUUUGCAUUUCUUCGUCCAAAAAGUAUUGAUCUGAUGUGUAGAGAUCUAUCCUGUUCUGCUUAAUUCAAGAGGGUUCUGGAAGGUUUCUUCUCUGUGUGAAAGAAGGUUCUUGUUUGGGUUAUAUACCUUCCGAGAAGCUGAGUACAGCUGGUUUAAACUGGUUCUAUUAUCAUAGAAUCAUAGAGUUGGAAGAGACCACAAGGGCCAUCGAGUCCAACCCCCUGCCAAGCAGGAAACCCCAUCAGAGCACUCCUGACAUAUGGUUGUCAAGCCUCUGCUUAAAGACCUCCAAAGAAGGAGACUCCACCACACUCCUUGGCAGCAAAUUCCACUGUCGAACAGCUCUUACUGUCAGGAAGUUCUUCCUAAUGUUUAGGUGGAAUCUUCUUUCUUGUAGUUUGGAUCCAUUGCUCCGUGUCCGCUUCUCUGGAGCAGCAGAAAACAACCUUUCUCCCUCCUCUAUGUGACAUCCUUUUCUAUAUUGGAACAUGGCUAUCAUAUCGCCCCUUAACCUCCUCUUCUCCAGGCUAAACAUGCCCAGCUCCCUUAGCCGUUCCUCCUAAGGCAUCGUUUCCAGGCCUUUGACCAUUUUGGUUGCCCUCCUCUGGACACGUUCCAGUUUGUCAGUGUCCUUCUUGAACUGUGGUGCCCAGAACUGGACACAGUACUCCAGGUGAGGUCUGACCAGAGCAGAAUACAGUGGCACUAUUACUUCCCUUGAUCUAGAUGCUAUACUCCUAUUGAUGCAGCCCAGAAUUAUCUUUCUGUCAAGGUCACUCUGACUAUAAUAGUCAGGCUAGAAGCAGGCUGGGCUUCACUUUCACUUUCUAUCUCUUUUCCUUCUGGUGUGGUGUCCUAUUUUGUAUGUAGUGCUAUGUUUUUGUCUUAUUAUAAGUUAUAAGUUUGAAGUCUGCUGCAACUGGAUUUUUUAUGGACAGUGCCAAUCCUGAAUGUAUUGGAUUUGUGACCAUUAUGCUCCUUGCCUUCAGUAGCAGUAGCCUCUGGCCUAUUUUUGGGGAAUCCUGCAAUGUGUUUUAAGUUUUUCCUCCAUAUGCAGCUCAUCACCUAACCCACCUAUCCCUUUGACCCUCUCCUCCUCCCUGUUGCAUGCCCCUUCCCCAUCUGAAACUCCUUCGCCAUCUUUUUUUGACCAGUUUUGCUUUGUUUAUCAUCCUGAGCACCUACACAAAUUUUCCUCUGCACUUUAGACUUUUCCGGUCUGUUUCCAAGCACUUUUUCUUUCGGCCCACCAUUUCCCCCCGUGAAAACCCGUUCCUUAAAGCUAUCAGAAACCCAUGGGAAACUUGGAGGGCCUGCUUUUGUCUCCAAGUCUAAAUGAUUUCUGGAUCCCACCUGCGCCCCAAGAGCCUCCCUGUUGGUUUUCCGUCUCCUUGCCGAUUUAAUGCGUCCUGCACAAAGGCCAUAACAACCUCCUUCCCGUCCCCAGGUGUGUGGGAUGUGCGGCAGCUUCAACAACCAGAGCGGAGACGACCUCCUGAUGCCCAACGGACAAUUGGCCACCAAUGCCAGUCAGUUUGGGAACAGCUGGAAGGCACCAGGAGACGCUGACCCAGGGUGAGGAGGCAGGGGCGUGCAAUGGCGCGGCCUAGAGCACUCUGGCCGGGGAGGGCAGGGUCAUAUCUGUCAACUUACAGAUUUGAAAAUAAGGGACCAGCAGCCUCAAAAAUAAGGGAUCAGCAGCCAAAAUAAGGGAUUUUCAGGGCACAGGUAUGUUCAACUUCUGAGCCCCUCCGAGCCAAAAGCAGAAAGCCCAGCCAGCAGCCAAACGAAGCCUCAAGCGGUGGUUCCCACAGCGCAGCAACCCGGCAAAGGGGAUGCAGCAAGGAAAACCACCGUCCCCUCUCCGCUGGGAAGCGCUGAGCAAAGGCGAGUCCCCAGGCAACGCGGCCGAUUUGAUUGGCACAAGGCAUGCAAGCUCCACCCCCCAGUCGUUCUCAGACUCCUUAUUGGGUGAGCAACACAGCCAAGCAACACAGUUGGAGCCUCCCUCCUCCCUGGCCGGCAGGGAGGGAGGGAGAGGAGCUGCUUCCUUUGAAACCCGGGAAAUUUAAGGGACAUCAUCAGUAAGGGACAGCAGCGGGACACGGCGCUGGGAUAAGGGACUUUCCCGCCAAAUAAGGGACACUUGACAGCUAUGGGCGGGGUAUAAAUAAAAGUUAUUAUUAUUAUUAUUAUUAACUCCCUUGGGCUGCCUUUGAGGGCCCGUGUGCACAGCGACGGUUUUGAGGAGGUUGCAGCGGGCGGCAGUCACAAAAUGGCUGCUGUGGCGGUGGCGAAACACAAAAUGGCUGCCACAAGGGCGACCAAGGUGAUCGAGGGCCUGAUGAAGAACGGUGGAGGGAGUUGGGUAUGUUUAGCCUAGAGAACGGUAGACUGAGAGGGGAUAGGAUAGCCAUCUUCCAAAAUCUGAAGGGACGUCACACGGAAGAUGGAUCACGCUUGUUUGUUCCUGUUCCAGGAGGGCUUAAAAGUUACAAGAAAGGCGAUUCCGACUAGACAUUAGGAAGAACUUUCAGACACCCUCGGAAGGUGGUGGUUCUCUGCUUUAAGUAGAGGAUGGACGGCCAUCUGCAAGGGAUUUUUUAGCUGCGAUUCCUCCAUUUCAGGGGGUUGGACUAGAUGACCGCUGGGGGUCCCUCCCAACAACCCUAUGAUUCUUUGACAGAAAGCUUUCCCCUACAUUAUCAUCUAUGUUGUGUGAUUAAUGACAGGCGAGUUAAGUUCUUCCCAGACCAGUUCUUUCCCCCUCCCAUCAGUCAGAGGGUCAAACUAGGACCUGGGAGGGAGCAGGGUUCGAAUCUCCCCAUGGCCACUACGAAGCUCCCUGGAGGACCUUGGGAGCCAGUCACCCUCAGCCUUACCCACCUUGCAGGGUUGGUGUGAGAAUAAAAUGGGGAGAACCCCUAAACUCCUUGGGGGAGAAUAGGUGGGGUUCAAAUUCUUUAGCUCUCAUUCCUGCAUUGCUGGGGGGGUUGGUCUAGAUGGCCCUUGGGGGUCCCUUCCAACCCUACGGUUCUGUUAGAUGUAAAAUGAACAAACAACACCCUCGCCCCCUCCUUCUGCCACCAGCUGCCAGCCAGACAACCGCGAGGACCUGGAGCCCCCCUGCUCGGCCCAGGAGAUGGAGCGCCUUCGCGGCCAGUGCCGUGAGAUCCUGGGGCCCAAGUACCAGCCCUGCCACGGCACCAUCGACCCCCAGCCCUUCUUCCAGAACUGCCUGUAUGACAUGUGCGAGUACCAGGGCAUGGCCUCAGUGCUCUGCGACAACAUCCAGUCCUACGUGGAGGCCUGCAAGAGCCAAGGCGUGGACAGCAUCUCGUGGAGGAACAGCACCUUCUGCCGUGAGUCAAAGGCCCCCCAAAGCACCUCACACUGAGUGUCAGGAGUUCAGCCUGCAGUCGAGUAGGACCCCUGGCAGAGACACAGGCCCGACUGGGAUGUUCCCUCCCUCCUGGUCGAUCGAUCAGGAGCUUCAAAAGCUUUCUUCAGCCCGAACAACAUAGCGACCAAUGCCAACUGACACCGGCACGCUUAGGGAUCCGCAGAGUUUGCGCAGUUCUUGCAUGACAGACCUUACAACACAGCAUUUUGGUUAGGUAAAGGGACCCCUGACCAUUAGGUCCAGUCGUGGCCGACUCUGGGGUUGCAGCCCUCAUCUGGCUUUAUUGGCCGAGGGAGCCGGCGUACAGCUUCCGGGUCAUGUGGCCAGCAUGACUAAGCUGCUUCUGGCGAACCAGAGCAGCACACGGAAACGCCGUUUACCUUCCCGCCGGAGCGGUACCUAUUUAUCUACUUGCGCUUUGACGUGCUUUCAAACUGCUAGGUUGGCAGGAGCAGGGACCGAGCAACGGGAGCUCACCCCAUCGCGGGGAUUCGAACUGCUGACCUUCUGAUCGGCAAGCCCUAGGCUCUGUGGUUUAACCCACAGCACCACCCGCGUCCCUAGCAUUUUGGCUAAUCUACUUUAUUUACAUAUAAACACACACGGAGCACUGCAACAUGGCUCCCUCUCUCUCUAGCAGCAUCAGAGAGCAAAGAGAAAAAGAAAAAAGGACAAUAGUCCCACUUCACGGAACACAGGAACACAAACAUCCUGUCUCCUGGAGUCAAAACAUAUACCGUCAUGUGAUAGACAACAAUCCCAUGACUGCAAUCAUGGAGCAGGAAUUCUAACAGUGAGGAGGCCUCUCUCCAGAGGCUUGCAAGCUCAGGGCCGUUUGAUGAGCUGCUAAAAGGGUUCCUCAUGGAGAACCCUUGCUGCCAAGCCGGAAGCAAUUGCAGAAGCAGAACCUGAAAGCAGGAAUCUUUUAAUUAAAGAGGCAGGUGACCUUUAUCGCUGCACGGGACCAACUUUUAAUUACUAUUGUAGAUCCUGGGCACUGGUGGAUGGCAUAGUACUAUUAAAGGUCAUGGCCCCAUAGAACAUUUAAAGCACUAUUAGAACACUUUUAACAGUCAUGGGAAAUCCAAGGAAAUGUGGAAAUAUUUGGGGGCUGAAGGAUACUGUGUCUGGCACCCCUGAGAUCACUGGAUGAAACUAUGUUUUUAAUUGUAACUCAAUCAAUCAAUCAAAUUGUUGAGGGCGCUGGGAACUGGAGCUCAGUGAGGUCAGCGCACCUGACAAAAUAUAGUUCCCAGGGGUGUUUUUGGAGGGAGGGGUAUAGAUUAAAUCAAUAAAUCAAUAAAAACUUUUUUUUGUUGAGGGUGCUGGGAAUUGUAGCUCGGUGAGCUCAGCGCCCAUGAGAAAAUAUAGUUCCCAGGGGGUUUUUUGGGAGGGAGGGAGGGGUAUAAAUUCAAUCAAUAAAUCAAUACAAAAAUUUUGUUGAGGGUGCUGGGAAUUGUAGCUCGGUGAGCUCAGCGCCCUGAACAAACUACAGUUCCCAGGGUUCUUUGGGAGGAAAGCUGCAGUAUAAGAGUGCUCUCAACGUAAGGAGCAGGUGCCAUAGCAAACCCCUUCUUUUUUAUGCUCCCAGCUGAUUGCGGGGGAAAGCGACCUAUUAGCACCUAAAAGAGCCACGCUAUAUGUUCUUCCUUUGUUGCUGUACGUAGAAAAUACCUCUAUUCCUAAAAGCCCCCGUCUCCUCUUCCCCGCCUCCCCCUGCAGCCCUGCCCUGCCCGGCUCACAGCCACUACACCGAGUGCUCCUCUCCCUGCCCGGCCACCUGCUCCAACCUCUACGCCCCAGCCAGCUGCCAGCGCCCCACGACCUGCGUGGAGGGGUGCGCCUGCGACCGGGGCUACGUGCUGAGCGACGACAGCUGCGUCUUGAUGCGGGACUGCGGAUGCGUGAGCACCCAGAACGAGUACUACAACGUAAGUGGAAGGGGACUCCCAGCCGGCCGGCAGUCGUAGAAUUGUAAGAGUUGCAACGCAGGAAUCUUUUGCCCAGUGUGAGACUCGAACACAGGACCCUAAGAUUUAGAGUCUGGGGCUGAUGGGAAUAGUAGUGCGGAACAUGGGGCUUGGUUGCCGUCGGGCUGAUGCUCCUAAGAGAAGCCGGACAAAGAAGUCCAGAUAACAAAGAAGCCCAGAUAACGAAGAAGCUGCCACUCUCACAAUAGCUUCUGCGGAUCAUUUAUUAAACGUGAUGUUUUGAGGUCAAGCCUCUGUUGGGCGGUGGGAGGAACAUGACCUGCUGAAAUAUACUCGGAGUCGAGAGUGGAUUUCAUGCUCUUUAUUCAGCUCGUAGUGGUGAGGAGGAAUGGAAGUUCCUCCAGAAUGUCUGCUUUAUAUACAUGAUUUACACAAUGGGCACCACGUGAUUGGCUAAUUCCGGGAUUCACCUGUAGGCCAAUCUGGUUGCAGAUUCACUUCCACCUGGAGCUGGAUUGGGUGGCUCCUGUGGACCAAUCAGACUGCUGCAUUGUUCUAGGACCAAUCAGACUGUUGCAUUCUGGACCCUAUUGUUUAGGACCAAUCAGACUGCUGCAUUUUGGAUCCUGUUCAACUCAGUACAUAACACCUGCCUUGCAGGUUGGGGAUGGGUCUUGACGCAGCCCCCUAACUGCCUCCCCUCUGCCUUUGCAGCCUGGAGAAACAUGGGUGACAGCCAAUUGCCUCGAACGCUGCACCUGCGUCGGAAACGGGAAGAUCACCUGCCAGUCCUUCCGGUGCCUGGAUGGGUCCGUGUGCGCCCUCAGCACCGCGGGGCUUCACUACUGCCGCCCAACCAGUGAGUGGGAAGCGGGGGCAGCAGUGGGAGGGGGGGCUGAGAUGGCGGAGAGGAGGGGAAGAGGAGCAGCACCCAGGCAGGCUCAGUCGGUCCAGCCGUUGGGAAAGGAAGUAGUUCUCCAGCUGCCUAGGCUGGACUACCGCAACGCACUCUACUCUGGGGCUGCCCUUGGAGAUUACCGUAUUUUUCGCUCCACAAGACGUACCUGACCAUAAGACACUCCGAUUUUUAGAGGAGGAAAACAAGAAAAAACAUAUUCUGAACAAAACAGUGGAGGUAUGAUUUUUGUGGUCAUUGCUGUGGCCACAGACAUGUGAUCGGAUGGUGAAUUUGGGGUGACCCAAUGCAAAAAUCCUGAGGAUCCAUGGGCUUUUACCUCCCCCUUCCCAGGCAGCCUCCUUUAUCGCUAGCAUCCCUUAUCUCCUCCUUAACAUCCUCCGUGGGGCAUACCAGGAGAGGCGGUCCCGUAGGUACGAGGGUCCUAGGCCGCAUAGGGCUUUAAAGGUCAAAACCAGCACCUUCAACCUGAUCCUGUACUCCACCGGGAGCCAGUGCAGUUGGUAUAGCACCGGGUGAAUGUGAUCCCGUGGCAAGGACCCUGUAAGGAGCCUCGCCACGGCAUUCUGCACCCGCUGGUCUUCCAGUUGAUCAUUCAUUCACCCCACACAUUUCAAGUAGUUCUCCCCAUCACUUUCCAAGCAGCACAACAUCCGUGUUUCUCUUUUCGGUGGCGAUGUUGCGUUAGGGCGUUGAUUGUGUGUUAAUUGUGCAGACCUAAAGCCUAACUCAUGCGGACGCAGGUGGCGCUGUGGGUUAAACCACAGAGCCUAGGACUUGCCGAUCAGAAGGUCGGCGGUUCGAAUCCCCGCGAUGGGGUGAGCUCCCGUUGCUCGGUCCCGGCUCCUGCCAACCUAGCAGUUCGAAAGCACACCAGUGCAAGUAGAUAAAUAGGUAGAGCUCUGGCGGGAAGGUAAACGGCGUUUCCGUGCGCUGCUCUGGUUCGCCAGAAGUGGCUUAGUCCUGCUGGCCACAUGACCCGGAAGCUGUACGCCGGCUCCCUCGGCCAGUAAAGCAAGAUGAGUGCCGCAACCCCAGAGUUGGUCACGACUGGACCUGAUGGUCAGGGGUCCCUUUACCUAAAGCCUAACACGGCACUGGUGGUGGUGCUGAGAAAGAUGCCGCGUUGCCAAGAACAAGGAGAAUCCAUAGGUGCCCAUUGGUUGGCAGAGAUGGUGGGGAAAUCUCCCCUGCAAUGGGGGCCUUGUCAAAAAGGGCUGUGAUUCUGGAAGGAAUGGCUGCUUCCGAGAACGUCAUGGCCUUAUUACAGAGGGAGAAAACUGUUAUUUGUCAGGAAUCGAAAACCCUGCAGAUAUUCACUCAGAAAGGUUGUCAGUGAUAUAGGCUUCAGAUUUUUGAGAAAAAGCACAGGUGGGGCUGAUGGGAAUGUCAGUCCAAGAUACCUGGAUGGUACCAGUUUAGGGCUCAUUCAUAUAUAUAAAAUAUGGUUUGUGUUUAGGGAUAUCAGUUGGUCUUUUAAAUUCAUUUUUGCAUUCCACCACCCCCAAUUAUCAUUUUGAAGGCGUGUCCCAACCUCCAGCGUUCUGCCCGGACACUGAGAUCCAGCUCCGAGGGCCUUCUGGCGGUUCCCUCCCUGCGAGAAGCCAAGUUACAGGGAACCAGGCAGAGGGCCUUUUCGGUGGUGGCGCCUGCCCUGUGGAACGCCCUCCCAUCAGAUGUCAAAGAGAACAGCAACUACCAGACUUUUAGAUGACAUCUGAAGGCAGCCCUGUUUAGGGAAGCUUUUAAUAUUUGAGGCAUUACUGUAUUUUAAUAUUUUGUUGGAAGCCGCCCAGAGUGGCUGGGGAAGCCCAGCCAGAUGGGCAGGGUCUAAAUAACAAAUUAUUAUUAUUAUUAUUAUUAGAAAAAUAGCAAUGCAAGGGCUUGGCCUCGAGACACAGUAAGGACAUUUCCUCUGAGCAUGUGCAGAAUGCUCACCCGCAACUUUUUACUUUCCUAACUUGGCUCUCCUCCUUCCCAGGAUUCCACCAGUGCGUGAUUUCCGGAGACCCCCACUACAACACUUUCGACAACUUCGCCCACCACUUCCAGGGGCGCUCCACUUACACCUUGACCAAGACCCUGGGUGACCUUCCGGAGUCUCUCGAACCCCUCUCCGUGGCGGGCAGGAACCGGCGCCGCUUCCCUUUCCAGAGCUUUUCCUUCCUGCGCGAGGUCUACGUCGAGGUGUACGGCUACAGCAUCCAGUUGUUGCAGGGGAGGAAGAUGGCGGUGAGAGCCCCAUACGACGUGGAAAACUGUGCGAGGCUUUUUUUGGGGGGGGUCCCCUCCUGCAGAUCACUUGCCCCCUGAGCAAAUGAGGACCCUCCUUUCCACCUCCUCCUGCUCUUAAACACUGAUGCCGUAUGAGGAUUUGUGAAGCCAAACGUUGGAAUAUUCCAUACAGAUAAAAGGAAGUCCAUCUUUCCGCAGUGCAGAGUUUAACUGUGGAACUCCCUGCCACUGGAGCCACUAACUUAGAUGGCUUUAAAAGAGGAUCAGAUUUGUGGAGGAGAGUGGCCACUGUGAGGACAGGAUGCUGGCUGGGAGCCACUGAUAGCCCUCUCCUCCUCCGUAGAUUUGCCCAGUCCUCUUUUAGAGCCAUCUAUAUUAGUGGCAAUGGGACGUGGGUGGCGCUGUGGGUUAAACCACAGAGCCUAGGACUUGCCAGUCAGAAGGUUGGCGGUUCGAAUCGCCACAACGGGAUGAGCUCCCGUUGCUGGGUCCCUGCUCCUGCCAACCUAGCAGUUCGAAAGCACACCAGUGCAAGUAGAUAAGUAGGUACCGCUCUGGCGGGAAGGUAAACGGCAUUUCCGUGCACUGCUCUGGUUCGCCAGAAGCGGCUUAGUCAUGCUGGCCACAUGACCCGGAAGCUGUACACCGGCUCCCUCGGCCAAUAAAGCGAGAUGAGCGCCGCAACCCCAGAGUCGGCCACGACUGGACCUAAUGGUCAGGGGUCCCUUUACCUUUACCUUUAUGUUGGUGGCAGGGAGUUCUGUAGUUUAACUAUCAGUCCUAAUCGUCCAACAUGUGGCUUAAUGGGAUGCCCUCAAGUUCUAGUGCAGGGGUCAGCAAACUUUUUCAGCAGGGGGCCAGUCCACUGUCCCUCAGAACUUCUGGGGGCUGGACGAUAUUUUUGGGAGGGGGAAUGAAUGAAUUCCUAUGCCCCACAAAUAACCCACAGAUGCCUUUUAAAUAAAAGCACACAUUCUACUCAUGUACCGUAUUUUUCGCCCUAUAAGACGCACCCGACCAUAAGAUGCACCUAGUUUUAGAGGAGGAAAACAAGAAAAAAAAAUAUUCUGAAUCUGCGCAGCGCCUCUCCAGCGAAGCGAAGUCAGAAUAGCAAGAGGAAUCGCUGCACAGCUAAAGCAGCAAUCCCUCUUGCUGUUCUGGCUUCUGGGAUAGCUGCGCAGCCUGCAUUCGCUCCAUAAGACGCACACACAUUUCCCCUUACUUUUUAGGAGGGGGGAAGUGUGUCUUAUAGAGCAAAAAAUACGGUAAAAACACCAGGCAGGCCCCACAAAUAACCCAGAGGUGCAUUUUAAAGAAAAGGACACAUUCUACUCGUGUAAAAACACGCUGAUUCCCGGACGGUCUGCAGGCUGGAUUUAGAAGGCGAUUGGGCCGCAUCCGGCCCCCGGGGCCUUAGUUUGCCUACCCGUGUUUUUUUUGUUGUUUUUUUUAAAUAAUUUUUAUUAAAGUUUUAAACAAAGAAAAAAGAAAAAACAACACACACAAAAAAACAAUACAAAAUUUAACAAUAGAAACACACAACAUAACAAUUUAAAACAAACUCUCUUUAGAUUCCCAAUUUUAAAUUACUUAUUUUCUGGACUUCCUCAUACCUCCUCUUUUGUAUUCCAAUCUACAUUAUUUGUCCAGCAGUUUCUUUUCCACUUUUUAAACCCAAUCUUUAAUUUAAUGAAAUAUUAAACUAUAUAGCUUCAGCUUUUUAAACAUAAUCCUUGUUCUUAAUAUCAUAUACCUUUAAAUUUUUCUCUUUUAUUAUCAAAUUUCCAUUUCUUUAAACAUCUUUAAUCUUUAAUCUUUAAUCUUAAUCUAUCCUUAGCUUUAACCUGUACAGCUGGAAACCACUUAUUUUCAAUCCAACAUCACUCUAACAUUCCUUAAUUUUGCAGUGUUUCUGAAGAUAGUCUUUGAAUUUCUUCCAAUCUUCCUCCAUCGACUCUGCCUACCCGUGUUGUAGUGUUACGAGAGAGGGAGGAAAAAACACACCUUUCUCUAUCUGGUUUCUGUGCGUAUCAUUUUUAUGAACUCCUAUCAUGUGGCCUCUUGGCUGCCUUUUCUCUAAACGAAGCAGUCCUAAACGCUGCAAGGUUUUUCUUCGCUCCAUCCCCUUGAUCAUUGUUGAUUGCCCAUUCUUUCUUUCUUUUUUGAGUUUUAUUUAAUGUUCUUAUGUUACAUCGGUAAACGUUAUCAUAUUACAUCGCAAGGCUUAUUAUAAUAUAAUUUUCAGCAUGUAUACAAAGUUUAUGUACACAGUUUAUAUACCUAAAGAAAAGAAACAAGGACAAAAAACUAUUCCAAAAUCAUAUAUGUACCAACACAUUGGACUUCCUGUCUAUCCCGUUGUAUAUUCCUUUUUUUACAAAUGAACGUACUCUUAUUAUUGUAUAUUUCUUUACAUUUUAUCUAAUACAUUCCUAUAUCAACAUGUACCCUUGGUCUUAUUUUUCAACUCAGUCUCUCUCCAACGUCAAUCGAAUGUUAGCAUAGAUAGCGAACCUUUACUAUAUUUUUCAACAUAUAUCUUAUCUCUAUCCUGCUUUUCUACAUACUCCUCAGAUCGUAUAAAUCUUUCGCCUUUUCGAUUGCCCUUUCCAGGUAAAUGGCGUGAUGGUCACCACCCCGUACUCGCCCCGGGACGGGCUCCAGAUCACCCAGAGAGGCCGCACCAUCUGCGUGGAAACGGACUUUGGGCUCUCCGUUUACUUUGACGGCCAGGAUUUUGGUGGUGAGGAUUGUUGUUGUUGUUGAGUCGUUUAGUCGUGUCCGACUCUUCGUGACCCCCUGGACCAGAGCACGCCAGGCACUCCUGUCUUCCACUGCCUCCCGCAGUUUGGUCAAACUCAUGUUCGUAGCUUCGAAAACACUGUCCCACCAUCUCAUUCUCCGUCGUCCCCUUCUCCUUGUGCCCUCCAUCUUUCCCAACAUCAGGGUCUUUUCCAGGGAGUCUUCUCUUCUCAUGAGGUGGCCAAAGUCUUGGAGCCUCAGCUUCAGGAUCUGUCCUUCCAGUGAGCACUCAGGGCUGAUUUCCUUCCGAAUGGAGAGCUUUGAUCUUCUUGCAGUCCAUGGGACUCUCAAGAGUCUCCUCCAGCACCAGAAUUCAAAAGCAUCCAUUCUUCGGCGAUCAGCCUUCUUUAUGGUCCAGCUCUCACUUCCAUACAUCACUGCUGGGAAAACCAGAGCUUUUACUAUACGGACCUUUGUUGGCAAGGUGGUGUCUCUGCUUUUUAAGAUUUAAGAUUUGUCAUUGCUUUCCUCCCAAGAAGCAGGCGUCUUUUAAUUUCGUGGCUGCUGUCACCAUCUGCAGUGAUCAUGGAGCCCAAGAAAGUAAAAUCUCUCACUGCCUCCAUUUCUUCCCCUUCUGUUUGCCAGGAGGUGAUGGGCCCAGUGGCCAUGAUCUUCGCUUUUUUGAUGUUGAGCUUCAGACCAUAUUUUGCGCUCUCCUCUUUCACCCUCAAUAAAAGGUUCUUUAAUUCCUCCUCACUUUCUGCCAUCAAGGUUGUGUCAUCUGCAUAUCUGAGGUUGUUGAUAUUUCUUCUGGCAAUUUUAAUUCUGACUUGGGAUUCAUCCAGCCCAGCCUUUCGCAUGAUGAAUUCUGCAUAUAAGUUAAAUAAGCAGGGAGACAAUAUACAGCCUUGUCGUACUCCUUUCCCAAUUUUGAACCAAUCAGUUGUUCCACACCCAGUUCUAACUGUAGCUUCUUGUCCCACAUAGAGAUUUCUCAGGAGACAGAUGAGGUGAUCAGGCACUCCCAUUUCUAAGUGGUGAGGAUAAAUGAGCACAAGGGGAGAAGGGGCUGCAAAUUUUUUUUAUUGGUUUUCACACUAUGAUAAACAAACAAACACAUAAGACAAACAAACAUAAAUCAUAGCCUUAUUAAAAAUUACACUUAUUAACUUGGUUAAGUGACUUCCUCGCAUCCCCUUGGUUGAAUUUCAUUGCAUAUCCUUUUAACGGUUUUCCAAAUCACAGUUCUUAUAAAAUUUAACUUAAACAUUAACAUCCUUAAAUCUUCACUUUAUGAAAUUAAACAUAUUAAUUCAUCACUUAACAUAAAUAAAGUCCUAAGCCCAUUAAGUAUCUGCAAGCUGUUUUCAGUUAAUUUAACUAAAAAAAUCCUUGAAUUUAUUCCAUUCUUCCUGAUACUCCUCCUCCUUCUGGCCGCGGACUCUUCCGGUCAGGUCCGCUAGCUCCAAAAAAUCCAUCAACUUCAGCUGCAAUUCUUCUAUCGUUGGUAAUUCUUGGGUUUUCCACUUUUUAGCUAACAAAAUACGAGCAGCAGUUGUGGCAUACAAAAAUAAUGUAACAUCUUUCUUGGGCAAUUCCAAACCUGUUAUUCCAAGAAGAAAGGCCUCUGGUUUCUUUAUAAAUGUAUAUUUCAACAUUUUUUUCUAUUCAUUAUAGCGGCAGGCAGCAUCUCAGAGUAGGUUUAAGGGCAGGGGUGCCGUUUCACCCAGCUCAGGCAAAGCUGUUCAACUGGCAAACUAUUUUGUUAAAAUAGUUAAAAACCACAGAAUUCUAGAGUUGAAAGGGACCCCCAAGAGCCAUCUAGACUAACCCCCUGCAAUGCAGGAAUCAAAUGAAUACAGCCAUACCUUGGAUCCUGAACGCCCUGGAACUCGGACGUUUUGGCUCCCCAACACCGGAAACCCAGAAGCGAUUGUUCUGCUUUGCGAAUGUUCCUUUGGAACCCGAAUGUCCGAUGGGGUUUUCGUGGCAUCUGAUUGGCUGCAAUUUGGCUUUUGUACGUUUUGGAAGUCGAACAGACUUCCGGAACGGAUUCCAUCCGACUUCCAAGGUACGGCUGCACAUAAAUGGCUGCACAUCGAAGUUGCCGAACAGGUGUUGGGUACAGAAAAGGCUUUCAAAAUCUGAAUAUGUAUAUGAAAGAACCUAAGGAAGGGAAAUGAUUGAAGGACAGAUGUAAAGGCGGGCAAGAUAACUAAGAGACGUACAGUGAAUGCGGUGGAAGUCUUUUAUAAUAUUUUAACUAGGAUUUAUAUAUUGCAAUGUUUGAAGCACGAAUUUGGUAAUAUUGGUUAUGAAAAGGAUUUUUCUUCUUCUUUUCUUUUUUUAGUCUGCAUUUUGGAAAACAUGUAUAUAAAUGUGCUUACAGUGUUACGUGCUGUUCUUUGGUUCUCUUUCUUUUUCUUUUCUUGUAAAAUUCAAUAAAGAAAAAAUUGCCGUAUUUUGUGCUCUAUAAGACUCACUUUUCCCUCCUAAAAAGUAAGGGCAAAUGUGUGUGCAUCUUAUGGAGCAAAUGCAGGCUGCGCAGUUAUCCCAGAAGCCAGAACAGCAAGAGGGAUUGCUGCUUUCACUGCGCAGCGAUCCUCUUGCUGUUCUGGCUUCUGAGAUUCAGGAUAUUUUUUUUCUUGUUUUCCUCCUCCAAAAACUAGCUGCGUCUUGUGGUCUGGUGCGUCUUAUAGAGCAAAAAAUACAGUACAAAAUCUGAAUAUGUGGAAGGCUCAAAGAUUGUCCCCACCCCAACUGAUCUAGGGCUGCCCCCAUGUGGUCACCGCUUUCACCCCUCUUUCUCUCCACCCCACCCAGAGAUCGUCCUCCCCAGCACCUAUCGGAACUACGUGGGAGGGCUCUGCGGGAAUUACGACGGGCAGCGGAACAACGAGUACAUGAAACCCGACGGAACGUGGACCCGGAGCCUCAACACGUUUGGGAACAGCUGGGAAGUCAUGGUCCCCAGCAGAGAAAGGGAGGCUGGCAGCCAUCCUCGCAUCAGGUCAGCCCCUGGGGCAGCUCUUGUCCCUCAUGCUCGGCUUCUCCCUCAUUCAGCAGUUAAUCUCUAAACAAGAAGCAGAGAGCUGGGUCUCAAACUCCCUAGAGAAGCAGACCUUGCUUUUAGCAGACAGGGACCAGGGCUCUGAUAACACUGAAAGGUAAAGGGACCCCUGACCAUUAGGUCCAGUCUUGGCCGACUCGGGUUGGGGCGCUCAUCUCGCUUUACUGGCCGAGGGAGCCGGCGUCCAGCUUCCGGGUCAUGUGGCCAGCAGGACUAAGCCGCUUCUGGCUAACCAGAGCAGCGCACGGAAACACCGUUUACCUUCCCACCGGAGUGGUACCUAUUUAUCUACUUGCACUUUGACGUGCUUUCGAACUGCUAGGUUGGCAGGAGUAGGGACCGAGCAACAGUAGCUCACCCCGUCGCGGGAAUUCGAACCGCCGACCUUCUGAUCGGCAAGUCCUAGGCUCUGUGGUUUAACCCACAGCGCCACCCAUGUCCCAUCUGAUAACACUACGCUGAGCAAAACACAGCAAAAACAGUAGCCCUAUGUGGCCUAGGACCCUUGUACCUACGGGACUGCCUCUCCUGGUAUGCCCCGCGGAGGACCUUAAGGUCCACAAAUGACAACAUUCUGGAGGUUGCAGGUCGCAAGGUGGUUAGAUUGGUCUCAACUAGGGCCAGGGCCUUUUCAGUACUGGCCCCGACUUGGUGGAACGCUCUGUCCCAAGAGACUAGGGCCCUGCGGGACUUGACAUCUUUCUGCAGGGCCUGCAAGACAGAGCUGUUCCGCCUGGCCUUUGGUUUGGAUUCAGUCUGAACCUUAUGCUUCAAUCCCCUUACGGUCUUGAUUUAUCGGCUAUUUUAAAAUGAGGCUGCAUUUUAAAUUGCAUUUUAACCUGUAUUUUAAAUUGGUUUUCUUUCCCCACUCUCUUUUCCCCUUAUUAUGUUUUUACUGUGAUUUUAUUGGUGUUAGCCGCCCUGAGCCUGGCUUUGGCCAGGGAGGGCAGGGUAUAAAUAAAUUUAUUAUUGUUAUUAUUAUUAUUAAUAAUAAUAAUAAUAAUAAUAAUAAUAAUAAUUUGAGAUCAUUUUGAGAACAGGAUGCUGGGUCACAUGGGAGUUUGGAUGGACUAAAAGGGCCUGAUCCAGCCUGAUCCAGCAGCUGUUCCUAUGUUAUGAGGAGAAAGGAACAGGGAGGAUUUGUCUUUCUCAGCUCAGACCUUGUACACAGCAGGAAGACAUCCAACCAAACAUACAGAGGGGAAAACUCAUUUUCUUCUUCUUUCCUCCACCACAAAGGCGCGAGGAACCAUCAGAUGACGUCGAGUCCGGCUUUGAAGUCGCCUGCAGCCCAGAGCAGCUGGUAUCUGUCAACGGGACGGGCGUCUGUGGGGCCCUCUCUGACCCCCAGGGGCCGUUCUCCGCCUGCCACGGCGUCCUGUCGCCCAGUCCUUUCCAAGAGUGAGUGUGCCCAGAGCGCAGACGUGGGCGGGCGGCUGGGAAGGGAGUGCGUCCGUGUGCAAGCUGACGCGAGCGCGCAUUUGUGCGCAAGAGAGCCCAUCUCCUUCCUUCUCUCUCUCUCCCAGGAACUGCGUGUACGACCUCUGCGCUCUCAUGGGCGACACUGAGCUCUUAUGCCAAGAUUACGAUGCCUAUGCCAAGCUCUGCCAGGAAGAAGGGGUCACGCUGGGAGCCUGGAGGCAGAAGACGGGCUGCGGUAAGAGAAUCCCCCAUCCAAAAAAACCCUAUCACACGCCCUCCCUUGCCCAGCUGCAACACAACAGCCAUGCCAUGCUGCCAGCCGGUCUUGCACUGUCGUAGCUGCUGCCACUGCCACCCUUCUGCUUACUCCUGUGCCCCCAAUAGGAGGGGACUUUUUAAUUUUUUAAUUUUUGUUCUUUUACUCAAAAAUUUUAUUAAUUUUCACAAGCAAACAAACAAACAAACAAACAAACACACAAAACAAACAAACAAAAAUCAUAGCCUUAUUGAAAAUUACAGUUAUUAACUUUGUUAAGUGACCUCCUCGCUUCUCCUUCGUUGAAUUUCAUUGCAUGUCCUUUUAACGGUUUUCCAAAUCCCAAUUUUUAUGAAAUUUAACUUAAACAUUAACAUCCUUAGAUCUUCAUCUUAUGGAAUUAAACAUAUUACCGUAUUUUUCGCUCCAUAGGACGCACUUUUUCCCCUCCAAAAAUGAAGGGGAAAUGUGUGUGCGUCCUAUGGAGCGAAUGCAGCUUCGCUGAAGCCUGGAGAGCGAGAGGCAUCGGUGCGCACCGACCCUCUCGCUCUCCAGGCUUCAGGAAGCUAUCCGCAAGCCUUGCAAGCCCGGUGGGAGUUCCCGCGGGCUCACAAGGCUUGCAGGCAGCAGCCUGCAGCCCCGGCGAGUGUCCGCAGCCUUGCGCGCCCGGCAGGAGGUCCCGCCGAGCGCGCGAGGCUUGGGGGCAGCAGCCUGUCGCCCGAAGCACGGGAGCCCUCCAGAGGGCUCCCGUGCUCGGGCGAGUGUCUGCAAGCCUUGCGCGCCCGGCAGGAGGUCCCGCCCAGCGCGCAAGGCUUGGGGCUGCAGCUUAGUCGCUCGAAACACGGGAGCCCUCCGGAGGGCUCCCGUGCUUCGGGCGAGUGUCUGCAAGCCUUGCGUGCCCGGUGGGAGGUCCCGCCGAGCGCGCAAGGCUUGGGCGGUAGCCUGCAGCCCGAGCACGCGAGGCUCGGGCGGCAGCCGCAGGGGGGGGAAUAAUUUUUUUUAUUCAUUCCCCCCAAAAACGAGGUGCGUCCUAUGGACCGGUGCGUCCUAUAGAACGAAAAAUACGGUAAUUCAUCACUUAACAUAAAUAGAAUCCUAAGCCCAUUAAGUAUCUGCAAGCUGUUUUCAGUUAGUUUAACUUAGCAAAUUUAACUAAAUAAUCCUUAAAUUUAUUCCAUUCUUCCUGAUACUCCUCCUCCUUCUGGUCGCCGACUCUUCCGGUCAGGUCAGCUAGCUCCGAAAAGUCCAUCAUCUUCAUCUGCCAAUCUUCCACUGUUGGAACUUCUUCUGUUUUCCAAUUCUUAGCUAAUAAGAUUUGAGCAGCAGUUGUGGCAUACAAAAAUAAUUUAACAUCUUUCUUGGGCCAUUCCAAACCUGUUAUUCCAAGAAGAAAGGCCUCUGGUUUCUUUAUAAAUGUAUAUUUCAACGUUUUUUUCAGUUCAUUAUAGUGGCAGGCAGCAUCUCAGAGUGGGUUUAAGGGCAGAAGGAGGGGACUUUUUAAAAGGCUCUGAGCCAUUUCCUUAGCACUCCCCCACUCUCCCUGAGUCUCUUCCCAGACCUCAGAAGAGCGCUCCGGUCCCUUGAAACGCCAACCCUAAACUCCGGUAGCCUGAAUGCCAGGCGCCCAGGCAUGUGGGUAUUCCAAAACCCUGAGGUUGGCAAGCAAGCAACACUUCAGCAGUCAAACGAAAGAGCUUUACUGUAUUGGAGUAUUACAAUAUGUUCAAAACAAUGGGAGAAAUCGGAAGGAUCUCAAAAGAGAAGAUAGACAAGGACUGGAAGGAUAUUUGCAAAAUCCUAUUGAAAAACCAGAACUCCUAUUAGAAUAAACAAGUUCCGUUCUAAACACUGAAAUACUAAAUAAGAUGGAUAACAAUGUGUAACAGAAAAACAAGUAGGAAGUUGGUUUAAUAGUGUGUGAAAGAAAGUAGUAGAAAUGGGAAGAAAUUGCGAUUGAGUAGAUUGGUAGUCUAGCACAGGGUGGGGUGAGGGACGGUGGCGGGAAAAGGAAGUAUGUGCGGGAUUGAGUGGGGGUAGGUAUGAAUAUUUUUAAGGAUUGUAUGAAAUGUAUGUUUGUUUGUAUAUCCGAAAUAUGUAUGUAUAAAUGUAUUUAAAAAAAUAAUAAUGAAGGAACUUUACUAGGAAUAAAAGGUAGGGGGAAAGCAGCCAGAAGGUCAAAACAGAACGCAAAACAAACCCGAGCCCUGUGGUUCUAAAAUGGAACCAAUCCGUAUUCUUUCGUUUGGUUUUUUGGAUGAAUCUGGUUUAUAGAUAACAACGAAGAUAUGUUUUUGUUGUACAGAUGUUAUUAUUUUUUAAAAAAAUUAACCUGUGCCCUGUGGCUCUCAAACGGAACCAAUCCUAGCCUAUCCACAACCCUCGUCGUUCAAGUUUACUCCCCAAGAAUCCUCAAGGCUGGCCAGUUUCACAAAAGAUCCCAGCUUGGAUCCCUGGCACUGGAACGAUCCCCUGAUGUUGGGGGGCAGACAAGGCGCAAGAAGCAGCUCAGCUUUUUAAAGGGUCUACCCAGACACUGAGGUCCAGCGCCGGGGGCCUUCUGGCAGUUCCCUCACUCCGAGAAGCUAAGUUACAGGGAACCAGGCAGAGGGCCUUCUCGGUGGUGGCGCCCACCGUGGAACUCCCUCCCACCAGAUGUCAAAGAGAACAACAACUACCAGACUUUUAAAAGACAUCUGAAGGCAGCCCUCUUUAGGGAAGCUUUUAAUCUUUGAUGCAUUACUGUAUUUUAAUAUUUUGUUGAAAGCCGCCCAGAGAGGCUGGGGAAGCCCAGCCAGAUGGGCGGGGUAUAAAUAAAAAAUUAUUAUUUCCUCUCCUCGUGAGAAGGAUGCGCAACAGACUCCCUUAGGGCCUGAGCUGUCCUCCAUUUCUCCUCCUUCACAACCCCUUACCCCUCGGCCAAGGGCCCCGUGUCCAGAGCAUGGGGCCACAUCCAGGGCCCACACCCCAGAGGGUAGGGCCCAGACCAGUGGGUUCAAAUGACAAGGAAGGAGAUUCUCUCCGACUGAGUCCAUUCCCCUGCUCUUAUCGCCAGAAAGUUUGUCCUCAGGUUUAUCUGGAAUCCCCUUUCUUGUCAUUUGAUUCCGAUAGAGGCUUUUCUUCUUUUAAACGUUCUACCACCCACCCAUCUUGUCCCCGCAGAGAUCUCAUGCCCGCCUCACACCACCUACAAAUCUUGCAUGACUGCCUGCCCCGACAGCUGUGCCAACAUGGCCGCCCAGUCGGAGUGCGAUGCCCCUUGCGUGGAGGGCUGCGCCAGUGACCCCGGCUACGUCCUCAGCGGGCUGGACAGCGUCCCCUACAACCAGUGCGGCUGCACUGUCAACAACCAGUAUUACCAGGUAGGCGGGGAGGAAUAGGGAGGAACCCCCUGGCUGCUGCCAGUCAGUUGGGUGGUUCUGAAUCCUGGAAACCGCAGGAGGAGAACAGGGCGCAACGGAUCAGCCGCUGUGACUCUGGUUAAGGGAUAGACUCAACCCUGGGUGUACCUAGAGCAGGGGUCAGCAAACUUUUACAGCAGGGGGCCAGUCCACUGUCCCUCAGACCUUGCGGGGGGCCACUGUAUUUUGAAAAAAAAUAUAUGAACAAAUUCCUAUGCCUCACAAAUGCAUUUUAAAUAAAAGCACACAUUCUACUCAUGUAAAAACACCAGGCAGGCCCCACAAAUAACCCAGAGAUGCAUUUUAAAUAAAAGGACACAUUCUACUCAUGUAAAAACACACCAAUUCCCGGAACAUCUGUGGGCUGGAUUUAGAAGCUGGAUUGAGCUGGAUCCGGCCCCCGGGCCUUCGUUUGCCUACCCAUGACCUAGAGGUUGGCUAGGAUGGGCGCAGGGCCUCAAAAAUCACAGCUCUCCACUCUGGCUCAGAGGGGCUAGGAGCCUGCCUGACUGCCCAGCGCUCUGGACGGCGGCCGGGCAAGGUGUGCAGGCUUCUCUGGGCACCCUGGCAGAGGAAUCUGGUUGGUGGUGUGUGGCCGCAAAGAUGGAGGGAAGAGAGAUGGAGAGAGCUGAUGAGAGUUAAAGGAAGAGAUGAAGGAAGGAAGGAAGGAGGCAGCGAGCGGAGGGAGGCAGGAAAUCACUGGCGGAGUGCCAAAGACAAUGCAUUUGAGCAAAGGUUUUCAGUUUCUGGUCAUGGUCCCUUCCGGUUUUGGCGGUGCCAAUACAAAGGUGGGCAGCAGCUUUCCCAGAGUGGCACCGAUAUUCUUCCCCACGCCCCGGUUUCUCCCCAGAUCAACGACACUUUCUUCACGGAGGACUGCUCCCAACGAUGCACCUGUCGCAAUACGGGGACUCUGGAGUGUGAGCCUGUGGCCUGCGCCAAGGGGGAUGCCUGCGCCGUGGUAAACUUCACCCGCGGAUGCUACAGAGGUGAGAAAGGCUUGGUUAGGGACGAGGUGGGAGGAGAGGGUUGAGCCAGCAAUGUGAUGCAGCAGCAAAAAAGGCUAAUGCUGUUCUAGGCUGCAUCCACAGAAGUCUAGUGUCCAGAUCAAGGGCAGUCUUAGUCCCACUUUAUUCUGCCUUGGUCAGACCCCACCUGGAGUCCUGUUUCUAGUUCUGGGCACCACAAUUUAAGGAGGAUAUUGACAACCUGGAAGGUGGGCAGAGGAGGGCGACCAGGAUGAUGGAGGGCCUGGAAACUGAGCCUUACGAGGAAUGGUUGAGGGCAUUGGGUACGUUUAGCCUGGAGGAGACUGAGAGGGGAUACGAUUUCCCCUCUGAAGGGCUGCCAGAUAUUUAUCAGAAAAUCGUGAGAGUUGGACACCCAAUACAACCCCCCCGCAAGCCAAGAAUCCAAAUGGAUUAAAACACACAUCAACAUUCUACAUACUCGGUUUGGCCGGCCGAAAUGAGCACGUUUUCAGCAGGCGCUGAAAAAGGGUGCAGCGAAGGAGCCUGACUGAUCAGUCAAUUGGCGGGGAGUUCCAAAGGCUGGGUGCUGCUGCCGCCCUGAAAGAUUGAUUUAUGCACGGGUGUUGUGUGGCGCCUGCGGCGGUGCCAUCACCCUUAAAACCAAAGUCGCCGGCUGAUGUGGAAAUGGGGAGACCUGAAAGAGUAGGAAAGUGACAGAAUUUGGAAACAGAACACUUUCCCCAUCUCUCGGUGGGCCGCGAUGUGGACUGACAGUGGCAUCUCCCCUCCCCAAAAACACACGUUUCUUCCUUUGCAGAGAGCGCAUGCCUCCGUAACAAUUGCCAGAACGAGGGAGUUUGUCAGGACACCUUAGACACCUCCCACGGCUACGUCUGCAUUUGCACGGAGGGAUACAACGGAACCUACUGUGAGACUGCCUACGAUGUACAGCCUCCAUCCCCCUCGACAGGUAACAAGUCCCUGCCGCUGUUGUUGUUUAGUCGUUUAGUCGUGUCCGCCUCUUCGUGGCCCCCUGGACCAGAGCACGCCAGGCCCUCCUGUCUUCCACUGCCUCCCGCAGUUUGGUCAAACUCAUGCUGGUAGCUUCAAGAACACUGUCCCACCAUCUCGUCCUCCGUCGUCCCCUUCUCCUGGUGCCCUCCAUCUUUCCCAACAUCAGGGUCUUUUCCAGGGAGUCUUCUCUUCUCAUGAGGUGGCCAAAGUCUUGGAGCCUCAGCUUCAGGAUCUGUCCUUCCAGUGAGCACUCAGGGCUGAUUUCCUUCCGAAUGGAGAGGUCUGAUCUUCUUGCAGUCCAUGGGACUCUCCAGAGUCUCCUCCAGCACCAAAAUUCAAAAGCAUCCAUUCUUCGGCGAUCAGCCUUCUUUAUGGUCCAGCUCUCACUUCCAUACAUCACUACUGGGAAAACCAUAGAUUUAACUAUACGGACCUUUGUUGGCAAGGUGAUGUCUCUGCUUUUUAAGAUGCUACCGCUACCUGCCCUAAAACACACACACACACACACAGAGUACCUUUCAAGCCACUGCCAUAUUUUUUACUCCAUAAGAUGCACUUUCCCCCUCCUAAAAAGUAAGGGGAAAUGUGUCUGCGUCUUAUGGAGCGAAUGCAGGCGGGAGGCUUCUCAGCGCUCCCUUUAAAGAGCCGCGUGGAGCGUGUUUAUGGCUCUUGGGGGCAGAGGCUGCGCAUGGCUAUCCCAUAAGCCAGGACAGCAAGAGUGAUUGCUGCACAGCGAUCCCGCUUGCUGUGAUGGCUUAUGGGAUAGCUGCGCACAGCCUCUUCUGGCCAUGGGGAGCCUUCGUCCCGCUGCCCUGAAGAGGCUUCGCACAGCUAUCCCAGAAGCCAGAACAGCAAGAGGCUAUUCCCAGAAGCCAGAUCCCUCUUGCUGUUCUGGCUUCUGGGAUUCAGAAUAUUUUUUUUCUUGUUUUCCUCCUCCAAAAACUAGGUGCGUCUUAUGAUCCGGUGCAUCUUAUAGAGCGAAAAAUACGGUAAUUAAUCCUCCCCUCUUUCUUCCUCCCGUUUCCCCCCUCUGCUCCCAUCCAGAUGACAACAAUUUGACAGUCAUCCUCAUCGGAGUCCUCGUUCCUCUCGCGUUGAUCCUGAUGGUGGUGACAGGUGUCUGCAUCUAUCGACAGCGGAGGAGCAGGUAUGGGAUUGGGCCGGGCAGAGCAGGCACGGUGGGUGUGAGGGGGUCCGGUUGCCUCCUGCGGGCACUGGGGGGCUCAGGGCUACAGGAGAGAGGGGGUUUCAGAGGAGCAAGGCGUUGAUAUUAGUAUGCAACGCCCUUAACAACUCGGAAGAUAUUUACCUCCGAGAUUGCCACAUGCGCUCACUACGAUUAGCAGAAUUGGUACUUUUACAGGUGGGUUGGACUCAAUGAUCCUUUGGGUCUCUCCCAACUAUGUGAUUGCCCACCUCACACCCCAAAUCUCCUCAAAUCUCCUCAAAUGUCCUUAUGUGCUUCUCUUUUCCUCCUGUGUAGGCGGGAACAUGGCAUGCUUACCUUGUCAGAUCCAGGUGAGUUGAGAGCAGGAGGAAUCCCUGGUGUAUAUUAUUAUUAUUAUUAUUAUUAUUAUUAUUAUUAUUAUUAUUGAUUGAGUUUAUAAUCCGCCCUCUAUCUGGUGGUAUCUGGGUAGUUCGCAGAAUAAAAUCAAGAUAUAAAAGCACAAAAUGCCUAAUGAUAAUAAAAGAACAACCCAAUAGUCCCCCCCCCAAAAAAACCACAUUUUAAAAGGGCAUGGCAUGUAAAUCAGAUCAACCAAAGGCCUGGUUGAAAAGGAUCGUUUUUACCAGGCGCCUAAAGGUUAUAAUGAAGGCGCCAAGCGAACUUUCCUGGGGAGAGCAUUCCACAGAUGGGGAGCCACUGCAGAGAAGGCCCCGUUCUCAUGUUGCCACCCUCUGGACCUCUAAAGGCGGAGACACACAAAGAAGGGCCUCAGAAGAUAAUUUCAGGGCAUGUUCAUACAGAAAGAGGCGGUCCUGGAGGUAUUGCAGUCCUGAGCUGCUUAAGGCUUUAUAGGUCAAAAGCAGCACUUUGAACAGCUGCCUCAAGGCUCCGCCCCAGAGUCAGCUGCACCCAAGAACAUAAGAAGAGCUGGAUCAGCCCAGUGGCCCAUCGCGUCCUGCAUCCUGUUCUCACAGUGACCAAACAGCUGCCCCUUAUGAGAUACCCACAAGCACAAGAGCCACACAGGAGCUCCCCUCCUGCUGUUUCCAGCAACUGGUUUUCAGAAGCAUCGCUGCCUCCAACUGUGGAGGCAGAAAAUAACCACCCUGGCUAGGAGCCAUCAAUAGCCCUCCCCUCCUCCAUUCAUAUCUCUAAUCCUCUUUGGAAGCCCAUCUAAGUUGGUGGCCAUUGCUGCCCCCUCAGUGACUCCUUCAGGGACCUUCCAGCUUUACAACCUUAUGGCUCUGUUCUUCAAGCCCAGGGUGCUCUUACAUCACUAAGUAUUAUUGUUUAGUGCUUAUUUCAUUCACAUACUCCCCCUCCCUCGAUUGUGGAAAACCGCAAAGCAGUUUGCAAAAUGGAUGAAUUAGAUUAUUAACGAAAGCAUUUACGGAAACAGCUCUGUCCUGCACACCAAGGAAGUCGGCUUGGACCUUGGUAUCAUUACAAUUAUUUCUUUUUCAGGCCAAGGCAGGCCUCCUCCUUCCACAACUGUUGACAAGACCACUCACUUCUGACUUCCGCCCCAGAUCUAUUGCUGAAACUAUUCCUUCCCGCUCACGCACCCAGGGUGGGAACCUUCAAGAUCUGACCUUUCUAAAGCCGGACUGCUGAAGGGGCAGAGGCGCUGCAAAUAAAGUCUGCCCCCGCACCCCACCUGCUUUCGCUUCCAGGAGUCUGUCUGGUCAGGUGAAAGAAAAUCGGAGGAAGUGGAGGAGAUAGGAGACACACGCCAACCCAUUCGCCACCCUGGCAUCUGCUGACACACCUUUCCCGCCCUCUGGGCUCUGUGAUGCUUCUAGACUUGGUGAUCCCAUGCAGAGAAUAGGCUUGGCAACCCAAAUUCUGCUGAAGCCGCCAUUCCCAGCCAGCUGCUCAUAGCUCCCCACCCUACCCUUGCUGUGGGGCCAGCACACCUCAUCCCACACAUGCCACCCCUAUCUGGGCAAGGGAAAUGGUGCUGAAUUGUGUCCGGAACACCGAAUAAAAAAUAAUAAAUGAAUGCAAAUAAAA